AUGCCUUCACGGUUUGCUGCCGUAACAAACAAAGAAAUUUCACCACUAAUCAAGCAAGCUGUUCCCAAAUACACGGGGAAGGUAACGAAGUUCGGGGUGGAAGUUUUAACAGGUAAAGCUUUGUCUUUUUGACUUGAAUUUAUCGAUAAAACCGGCAAAAAAGUUUUUUGUUUACAAAUGCAAAUUAAGCUCAAGUCUUGCGUUACUUUAUUUAGUUGACUUGUUCAUAAAUAAGCUUAAAACUAAAUUUAAUAAUAUUUUUUACAGAAUGAUUUUAAAUACAGAAAGAGUUCACAACUCCUUCUCAGUAAGUUUCCCCGCAAGAGCUAAGCAAAUGCCUUCAAAAGUUUUCUUUGUCGGCAAGAAAAAGCGACGACCGCGGCCGUUCGGUCAUUGCGCGCCAAAAUUGUAAUCGUUGCAGGCAACAGUAAAUGAGUUAAAAAUCAUCAUUUUUGUGCUCAAUUAUCUCACUGUUUUAGUAUAUACUAAAACAAUUAUUCAUCUUAGUGCUGGUGGCUAGUUAGUUGGCUAGCCACCUCCACUUCGGUGAAUAACUGUUAUAUAACCGUCUAUCUGCGUACUUGUCAACCUGGAUGGUCAUCGCAUCACGCUUUCUUCGGCUUUUUAUUUAUUUCAUCCUUGUCGCCGUUCUUCAAUACAACUUGAAUACCCUUAUUGGUUCUUGGUUAAUGUACGCUCGAUUUCAGUUGCUUGGGUCUUGUAAGCUUGACAUUAAGCCUCCUCCAAUUUGACAUUUUGCGGAAAAGGUUGUCCAGUUACCUUAUCCUCCUCCAACACGUCAGCGGGCGUUUUCUAGAACGGGGUAUAAAAAAUUGUGGAUCACGGCUUUAUCUUCUGCUUAAAAUUGUUGCUGAUUAUGAAAACUUUGUAUAGAACAAGGAAAGAAAUAUAAAAAACAGGGCCAAUUUCAAAACUAGAACGGAGUAUAAGCAACAUUUUUAGAACGAAUUCUAGAACGGGGUAUAAAAAAUUGGCUCAUUUCUAUAACGGGGUAUCAAUUUUAGGGGAAAUUUUUUUAGAACGGGGUGCCAAUUUAGAGUCCCGGGCGGCACAUACCCACCCAAAAAUUAUCCAAGUGCCCCCCCCGGGCUGAAAGGUAAGUGGAAUCGUAGUUAAUCGCUUAAUCCAGUAAACGUUUGGAAUAUAGUAAGAUGUUGUGAGAGCAAAACUAGGCUUGGUGUUCUCCCGCAGUAUUGUUCUUUAACCUCAUUCUAGGGUUUAGAAAAGGGAGGCAGUUUUUUUAAGUAGGUAUAGGUAUAUGAAAAGGACCAAAUUUUCAGUGGAGGGCAUACGAAAGGGGUACCUUUUCUGCCAAAAAUAGUUUGUGAAAUGGGGACCCUGGAACCCUUAACCUAUAUCAGAGCUAGUUCAGCUGAAUUUUGCUACCCUAUACUAGAGUUAAGUCCCCAAAUCCCCCCUAUCCUAGAGUAGCUGUUUUCCAGAAACUCCAGAGGUCACCAGCGCAGUAGUCUGGCCAAAACAAAACCUUAUAGCACAAUCCCUAGUCUAGAUAAAAUCUUCAAUCAACUGAUCAGUUUCCUGAAAAAUGAUACCCUAUUCUAGACCCAAACGCUCUGAUUUAUAUACCCUAUCCUAGAGUAUACUGCUUGAAAACCAUACCCUUCACAGCGGCACAUACCUAUAUAGCCCAUAUGUUCCAGAACCCCCCCCGGGCGUAAAAUACUACGCAUUCAACUGGAAACACAUUACCCGUUUGCCCUGCUAUGUUUACAAUGGCAAUGAUCUUUAAUUUGCGCGAUCAAUUCCUUCGCGGACUGAAAGAGUCUUCCGAUGUCUACGAAGUAUCUAGGAAGAAUAGCGAGCUCCAUGUGAGAGUCAUGUAAGAGAGGUGUACGUUAAUUUUACGAUUAUUGUCUCAUUUGCUGAUUCAUAGUCUUUAUUAUUUUAUCUUUCGGAGGUCGAGAAACUGAAAAUCACGAGAAAAAUACGUAAUGAAAUCACGAUUAUCGAUUAUCAAUUCGAUUUUUUCACGAGGCACGCUUAACCUUUUUGUCAAGGAACACGAGGAAUAAUUAUAAUUUAAAUUGACGAAACGUAAAAACGGCCAAUCACGCAUCACGAAAAUACCCCUGUACGAUCCCCUGGACGAACCUCUCGAAAUAAUCUAACUUUUUUAUUUUUCCUGUUUAGAAAAAAAACUAAGAUUCCAAAAGUCUAAGUCCAAGAUUAAGACUAAGAUUCCAAGUUUAAUCGCUCAUAUCAUUUUCCGUCGGAUACAUUUAAAACUUCGAAUUUGAACUUUUAUUUCCGCCGGGUAAAUUUAGAAGUCUCACCUCACUUUUUGUAACGCAAGGGUGACCCUUUAAAACGUAUUCCGAUAAUUUUAGGGUUGUAGUAAAGUCUACGAGGCCUCCCCCUCUACAUUUGCAAGAUUUAGAUCAACUUUCGUGGCUUAGAAGGAGUGUAAAUGAUCAGUAAUAUUUAGUUUAUUGGCUUAGUUACGCUGCAAUAAGAACGAUAUGCUUGCCUUACAAGUCGAGCGCAGUUCUAUAAUCGAGCCUAGGGAGGCGGGAGUCGGGGCGAUAAUCUUUUAAGAGCGAUUUUUUUUCCCGAACUUCCUUGUAGGUCCAAAUUAUAGUUUUCCUAGUCACUAGUACUAUGUAAAGUUGUUCAAAUUAUAAGGUAUUUUUGCAUUUUCAAGACAACAUAAAAACAGGGGCACCUAAAGUCAAUUUUUGGAAAAUAUCUGUUCGGAAGACGAUUUGAGAUCUAGAAUUUUCGGAACAUUUGUUGUAAAAUUUCUUGUUUGUUUGCCUCUCCUAGGAUUUUCGGACAUCUAAAAAUUGGUAUAAUUGCCCAUUUUUAACGAUUUUUUACCCUAAAAAGGUCACCUAGAAUUUUCGGGAGACUUUUUGAAAUUUUCAAAAAGGUAAGUUUUGAUCACUAUAGUUUUCGGAUCACUAGACUUUCAGCUAGGAAAUCCGAACAGAUGAAGAAUUUUUAGGGGAUAAAAAUAUGCCCAUUUAAUGUACCGUUUAAAUACUAAAAUACGUUUAACAAUGCUAUGUUUAAGUGGUUUUGAACUAUAAUAUUCUCUUUGGGCGCCCCUGAUAAAACAGCCGGCAGAGCUUCAGUUUAUGUUGGGAGCAGUCCCUGGCGUUAAUUGCACAAUCCUUGUUUUUUUUGUUCUCGGUGGGUGUGUUUUUGUUGGCUGGUCAGAAAUAUCAAAAUGAUAAGAAUGCUAUUAAACGUUGUCACCUUCAAGUUCAACCAAACAUAAAACAAAGGAGUUCCUUCAACUGUACAUACAUCUACCAAACUAAAAACCUUCCUUUUUAAGUUUACCCACAUCGGUGGUUUUUCACAAAUGAUUUUUUAAUAGAAAUUCAACCUUGUACAAUUUCUGUCAACCAGAAAUUGUUAAUUAUUUCACGAGUGCGUGUUGGAUAUGAGAUGGUAAGCGGCGCUACGCGCCUCAUUGGCUAUAACCAUCUCAUAUCCAACUAGCGCGGGUGGAAUAAUUGUUUUAUUAAAAACGCCCACAGAAUAUUGCGAAUUCUUCCCGACUUUAUCAGUAAAAAACAACCCAUUUUGAGCUCAGUUGUUUGUUUCAGUUUUUGAUAACGAGCGAUUUUCGUGUGACCUUGAAAAAUGGUUUCGGUAAGUGUUCGUUAUUUCUUUUAUCAGCUAAUGGCUAAAAAGAUCAAAACAUGCAAUAUUCGUUUUCCCGCCAAAGAAAACCCUAAUAUAGAGAAGGCAUUGUUCGAUUGGCUAAUCGUGCUGCAGUAUGACGUUAAAGCGAAGUAUCGAUUGAUUUCUAGAAAGUUCUGGGGAAUGAAGUUUUUUCACCCGAGCGUUCGCUGAACCAACCAAAAGCCACGCGGGUUUGUAUCCGUUUGACAAACCAAUCAAAUCGCUCUAUUUCCGUUCGUUUGUUUUUUUCUGUUUUGUUCGCGCGUUUUCAUUUCAAGGUCAUACAAAAACUGCUCUAUAUUUACUCACGCAAAUUAGCUUUAACGUCAGUUCUUUAUAUGACCCUCUUUAAGAGAAAGCAGAAUUCUGUCAUUCGGUCGAAAAAGAAUUAGCUUUUUGCUGUAAUAUUUUGGACACCUUAAAAAACAAAGACAGCUUUUGGUCGAAUGAAUUUAUUGAUUCGUUUGCAUGUUGUGCUGUACUACAAAUUGUUAUGUUAUUGACAAGUUUCAGAUAGUAACAGCGGAGUUUCCGAGCGCUCGAUGCGCGCGCAUUGUACGUAGCCCCAUUGGAUCCAUUGCUAUGGAAACUCGAAACCAACCUUAAGUAUGGACCCGACAAAAUUUGGUUAUGACUUCAGCGAACGCCUAUCCGAUCAUCUGUCCGUCUGUCCACGGUCCAAGGCAGGCGAAAGGGGAGACUUUAAGGGAGCGGAAAAGCAAAACCAGUUUAGUGAAAAACAAUGGGGUUUAACGGCAAAUUUUUAAGUCUCCGCUUUUAGUUUGUUCCGUGGAUUCAGCUGCUGUCCGUAUUAGCGGGGUUUUGGUAAUAGCGACUAUACACCGGCGAGUACAUUGUAGGUGCUCAAUAUCCGCAAAGCCGAAACGGGGGAGUCGCGCUCGUUUCCGGCUUUGUCUUUUCUUAUCGGAUGGUUUUGUGAGUAUAAGAAAAUUCUCAGGUUUUCUUUAUUUGAACCAUUAGUUGGAGUUCAAAAUGUAAGAUUUUUUCUGCGAAAUGUUUUUCCAUAGCGAGGAACUAAUUAGUUAAUCAUGCUAAUGCAAAUAUCAUAUCGGUAUUAUUGAAACAACUUGUAUGUUUACCACAGGAUAGUAAGUUCACCUGUAUGCACAGAGAACAAAUAGUGGGAUGUAAUUCACACGCAAUGCAAAUGCGUAGAGUAACAUCACAAUUGUUUAUGCUUAACCCACCUGUGGUACUCGCAGUAGUCAGACUAUGCACUCUGUGUUUAAAAACGGCUCUUCUCUAUUAACAAAUUCGUUGAAGCCCACAACAACUUCCACAAGAAGUUCGGCUAAAAACUCCAUAAAGAACAUAAUUCAAACGCUACCAGAUCAGGUUGUAAAUAGUGUGCAAAGAGAGAACGUUCUCUCCUGUUCAAACUAAGAAGAGAGCAGAUUAAAACACAUUGAUAUUGUGCGCUGGUUUACGAGGCUAUAUUCGCUGAGGACUACUUUUCAGCCCACCUUCAAUAUUGCGGCACAGGCGUAGCUUGCACGGUCCUGCUUAUUAUAAAGGAACAUGCCGAUUAUUUUACUGUGCGUUUGUUGCAACGAAAUUUCAUUGUUCUGUUUAAUACUAAGAAGAAAAUGAAUGAGUCGUUAACGCAAACAACAGUAAAACAAUGAAACUGGUCAAAACUCUCCCUCACAGACAGUUGAUUUCACUGACCCUUUUUCGUAUUUUCAAGCUGAAAAAUCUUUGGCGGGGAAGUGUGAGAGAGAAAAGACGAAAAUAAAUAUUUUCAAAGUAAAAUAUAAUCAGCAGAACUUCUAUAUAUAUAUGGGUCUUUCAUUUAUUCUCUUGUUUCAGCAUUACGCUCUUCAGUUCAGCACAAGUUUUUGUUUGAUUAGAUUCUUUCUUCUGCCAAAGCUCAGUAAUUUCUCAAACUAUUUUUCGGAGCCUGUAUAGUCGUUUUCAGGUAAUCGACCACUGAGACCACAUGUAUUACCACGUAACCUUUUUGGGUGCUAAAUUUCCUCUUCAUCAUUCACGGAGAAAGAGUCUGAACAUACAACCUUCCCGUAAUUAACGAGAAUUACCAUACUGUUACAUGACUUUAUUUAUACACUAAAUAGGAUUUAUUUUCCCACCUAUGCAAAUCAAAAUAAUUAAUCAUCUCAGGUGGUCAUAAAUCAAACUUUACCGGAGAUUCAUUUUUACCUGCUUAAGUAAGUAAAUCUUUCCGCUGCAAGGGAGAGUAAAGAACGCCAACUGACACUGCCCUAGCGGAAGAGCUAUGUAUUAGAGCUUUUCAGUAAAAGAAGUGAUUUUUAGAAUUCUACCGUUAUGGAAAAAGUUAUGUUUCUGUUAUUUUAUGUAGCGACGUUUUGGACUUUUGUCGGAGGGGCAGGUAGGUACCUCGCAUUACUAGUAAGUCAAGUAAAAACUAUAGUACUUUUGCGUUCUUAAAGAUAUAACACUGUUUUAGCAAGGUUUUGGAAAAUCGUGUGAAAUUAAAAGUAAACAGGCUUAAAAAAUUGUUGCAAUGUUACAGUAACAGUUUGAAUUAGAUUAAAGGUGGUUUCAAUUAAAAACAUGGUAACACUUUCUCUUUCGAAUAGCUGCUUUCAUUUAGCACCGUUGACCAAAAAGCUAAGCAAAACGUAUGAUGAGUGUCUCGAGUAUGGAAUGAAAAAUGUUCUAGGCAAGCUCCUAAUCAGAAUCUUAAAAUGGGUGAAACAAUUUUUAUCCUACGGAACAAAGCCGCUUUUUUUAUCUUAAAACACACAACGUCGAGCAGAUACCAUUGUUCAGGGUCCAAAUGGCUACCGGCCUGGUCUCUUUUUUCCCCAAAGUUGUGAGUUUACCAUUCCUAGUCAGAGAAAAAAGUAAGUGAACCGGAAGAUGCCCAUUUUAAAGGAGAAAUCUUUGAGAAAUUAUCUUACAAAGCCAUUCUUGAACGGAAGUGUUGAAGGAGCCUAAAAGGUAGUACUUAUAAAUACUCUUUACCGAGUGCAUUUCUUAUUUAAAAUUGUGCCGUCUUAAUUAAGAAAGUAGUACAAGGCAUUAACAUUAAAAUUUCCCGAUGCCUUUUCUUUGUGACAGAGAAGUUUGUAUUUUUAAGCAUUCAAUAUUGAGAUAAAUUAAGCGGCUAAAUCACGACUUUUUACCUUUUGUAUAAGCUUAAAUCCCGAAAAAAAACCUGAAAAAUUACUAUAACGUUUUGUCCCCAAAGUGAAUGGUGGCUGGUCAGGUUGGUCGGCCUGGAGCGGCUGUGCAGCUGGCAUUUGCGCGGGAAAUCAGCGCAUUCGAACAAGAACCUGCACCAAUCCAAUACCAAGUGAAGAUGGAGUAUACUGCGAUGGUGACAGCUCUCAGCAGAAGGAUUGCCUAAGUAAGUUUUAUGAGAAACUGCUGUAAAAAAAAAGUGUUUGUCUGUUAAUAUUUUUUUAUGUCUGUUUUCUGCUUACCGGGUUUCAUUUGAUGAUCACGCCAGGGUUCUAUCUAGAGUAUUUGAGGGGUAAAAGCUUCCCCCCUCCAAUAUGCCCAGCUUCCCCCCAAAAAAUAUUGUUAUCAAUAUGGUAUACAGGUAACUACAUUGGAAAAAUCACCCAGACACGACGAGGUCAUUGCACACACUGUAACAUUUCUCAAAAUUGUGUCUCAAAAUGCACCAGAUUGCAUCUCAGCGCAAAUUCAUUUCAAAAAAUUUCUUGCCUCCGGACCCCCCUAGGAAGCUUGUUGCUUUCGGCCACUAGGGGCUUUUCCCCAAAAAGACAAAUCCUAGAUAGAAGCCUGCACGUGUUGGGGUAAAUCUGUUAGUUCUCCAGUGUUAUUUUAGUUACGGUACCAUAACAACUGAUGCACUUCGGCCUCAGAAAAUGAGACUCCGUCUAUCGUCCCAUGUACUAAGGUAAUCCGAGAGAGUGGAUUCCGAAAUCCAGGCUCAGGACUACGGAUCCCGUGUCAGUGGAACUAAAAAUUGUUAUUUGGAUUCCAGAUUCUUUGAGCCGAAUUCUGGAUUCCCAAGCAAAGGCCCCAGUUGUUCAAAAGGUGGAUGAUGUUAUUCAGUAGAUAAGUGUCUAUGUAACAGAUAACGCAAUUGGUUUCCCUAAUGCCCAUCCACUGCAAAGUGAUUUACCAGACGGAUAGCGCUAUCCAAUGUUUGAACACUCGGGGCCAGGAUUUUAAAUUCUAGAAGUAAAAAUUUCCUUGAUUCCGGAGUCCGGAUUUACUUACUUGGGGCGUAACCCCCGGGAUGGCAAUUCAGCCGGCUUAAUUAUAAAACAAAUCCGCCCGCUUCGUUGUAUUCCUGCUUGAAGUCAAGACACCUGGGUUGUUUUUUUCACUGCUAUUUGCUAAUACUGAUUUAUCAUAUUAAAUUAUGUUUUUAAAAAGUUUACCUGUGAAUAAUUAGUUUGUGUACUAUAGCAAUAACACAAGUAUACUUUAUACUAGUCAAUUAAUGCUAAUGUUUUACCAAAACCUUUUCUUUCGAUUUGUUUCAGUAAGACUACAGUGAAAACACUCCUGACUAGUUUUGCUCUUUUAUCUGCCUUAAUUUUCAUUCCCUCCUAAAAUAUUUUCUUGAUAAAGAAACUGAUGUUGGUCAGGAAAACUGUUUUAUUGCCUCCAACUGUCAACUUAAAAAAAAAUUAACAUUAUUAUUUGAUGUAAUUUCAGUCGACGGAGGCUACACAGAGUGGAGUCAGUGGUCACUCUGUGAAAACCCGUGUGGGGGAUCUGUAGUCAACAGAAGUAGAUCAUGCACUAACCCUACCCCUACCCCUGAUGGAAAGCCAUGUUCUGAAGACUCAUUCCAAACGAAGCUGGAAUGCAUCUGGCCGUGUCCAAGUAGGUCUAAGGCAAUUUUAGUUGCAUUUAAUUUUGUUUAAUUUAAUUUUUUCAACGACAAAUUUUCAAUUGCUUGCUGUUAAAAAUAUUUAUUCCAUGUUGCUGUGCUUCUGUCAAGUAAUAUAUCACGGACGACGUCAAAAUAUGCCAGGAACAAAAACCGGCACGCAUGCUGCAGGUCGAAAUGUUCUUAUUUAACAAUUAAUGAAUGAGGCUGAGUGUCUUCAUAUGAUACGAAAGCCGAAUUCAAUAAUCGUUUUAUUAUUCAUUCAAAAUAAUCACUAGUUUAAAAUCAUAGCUAAAACAAGCCUACCUCCAUCGAUGUUAACUUUGUCUUCGAUAGUGCACGUUUAGGGUUGUUCAGCUCCGCAAAUAUUCACCAAAUUGCAGAUGUCGCCCUUCGAGUUGUCUUCUUGCUGUUCUUGCCAUGUUUUUAGCUAUUAUUUCGCCUAGUUCUUACUCUUGAAACCAGUGAAAUGUUCGCCAUUUUUGUUUUCACAACCAAAAUAACUCAUCCUCGUUCGCAGGUCUUCUCGGUUAACGGUGCAUUAACCUGCAUGAAGACUGCACUUUUGACGUCAUCGGUUCAUUAAUUGCAAAAUUCUUCCAAAUUUGGUCAUCAGUAGCUGGUUAUGGUGAAUUAUGCGUGUGCUUUUAGCCAGUCAAAAUCGGGGAAAUAUUUUGAGUGAAUAAUAAUACAUUUUAAUACCUUCUGUGAUCUAGCACUGAACAGACGCCCAGCAAAAUGAAAGCUAUUCGUUUAAUACAAUAUACAACUGUAAGCGUUUAAAAGGGAAAAAAAAAACAAUCCUGCCUAAUAAUCUUGUUUUUGUUUUAAGAAUUGUUCCAGUUUAAGCCAAAAACCUGUGAAAAAAGCCGACAUUUUCCAACGCCACUAUUGGUUUCCUCGUGAUUUAUCUUGCUUCGAGAAAUCUGCUUCAACCAAUCAGAAGCUUUACCCAGAUCUGUGAAGUGACACGUCAUCAGUAUGGAAUUUCUAAGCUCGUUCCCAGAAGUCAUUUCGCGAAAAAAGCAGUGAUGGCGUCGAGAUAUGCUUUGCUGUUUUCUCAGGCUAUUUUGCCAAAGUUUCUUGAAGAUCACGCGAAAAAAUGAAUUUCAUAUCUCUCAACCAACAAACAUGGGUGAAAGCUGAGUUAUCGUAAAAAAGGCCAAACACUCUUCCUAUAAAUGCAUUUUAUUCUUUCCGUUAUUUAGCCGGCCCUCUUGAUGGUGAAUGGGGAGGAUGGGGUCAGUGGACACAGUGUUCUAAAACCUGUGGAAUAGCAGGAGGAAGCAUUCUAAGAAGAACAAGAUUGUGUAACCGGCCUCCUCCUAUGAAUGGUGGGAAGCCAUGUGAGGGUAACAAUACUGAAACAGCGAGAUCAUGCUUUGCGCCUUGUCCAGGUGAGUAAAAAGCGAGAUGAUAGUGUAGUAGAGUAUGAAGUAAAACCUUAUAAACUGGGUACAAAAUUUUCACCUGCUUGCUCCCGAUCGGCUUCACUGCUCAUUCGAUUAGAGCGAGGGAAGAUCUAUUAAUCUAUCAGAAGGCUUGAGUUCUGUCCACACAAGGUCAAGGUUCUGAGCCCGUGAUAAGUGGAGUAUCAGAGCCGGUCAGCGGAGGACUUUAAAAGCACGUCACCUCAAUGAGUUGUACACCUAAGGCCCACGUUGGUCAGCGGAUGCCCUAUUUUGACAACAGUCCAUUGAUCAUAACAUCUAUUUUAGAUGUCCAAUAUCAAGUUGAAAACACAAUUUGUAUAUGCCUUGGACUUUUAAGGCAGUAAUUUCACAUCCGCUACACAUGAUGGGGAGGACGUCCAUAUGGACGAUUUUGUCCGAACCAAAUUUCUUGGAUGCAUAGAUAACCAAAUUUUCUUACCCAUAGUACUACACUGCGCGCGCUUCGCGCGCCCGAGAACUCAGUUAAAUUAAGAACUGUUUCAAUCUUAGUAAAUGGUGGGUUUAGUCUUUGGUCCACUUGGACGACAUGCAGUAAGACGUGUGGGACUGGAUCGCAGUCAAGAAGAAGAACCUGUUCCAACCCAGUCCCUGCUGAUGGAGGCCAGAAUUGUACCGGAGAAUACAAGCAAGCAAAGAGCUGUAAACUGACUUCCUGUCCAGGUAAGUAUGUUAUGCUGAGCCUUGUUCCACUUUUAAAAGGCUUUCUUUUUCGUGAGCCGGGUAAAAAAAAAAAAACGCUGACAUAUUUUCUUUAAACAAGGCACUCGCCAUUUGUUAAACCGCUGUGAUACAAGCUGGAACAGAUGCUGCCUAGUAAAUCACCAUCGCAAAUUUUCGUUAUAACGCGUACCUUUGCGAACAGUUGAACAUGCUGCCCUUUUUAUGGCGUUGUACGAUUUUUUCUUGUGUUGCAAGAGCUUGAAAAAAGAAAGAAAACUUGUCGAAUUUAACAGGGCCUUGUUAUGUCCAGAAUGGUUUUUUCUGUUCAGACAAGAAGUUGACGAACAUAAAGAGCGUCGGCAACUGAUCAAUUUCUAAUCCGUUAAUUUUCUUUUAUGAAAUCUUGUAAUAGGCGCCGUCAAUGGAGGGUGGUCAGCGUAUUCAGCCUGGGGCGCAUGCUCCGAACCUAAAUACUGCUUGCAAGGCGUAAAGAAACGAACUCGAACUUGCACCAAUCCUCCUUCGGCGAAUGGUGGAGAUGAAUGUGGGGGACUGGCAGUCGAAGAAAAGAGCUGUCCUACUCAGGCAGAAGGAUGCACAAGUACGCAGUGACGAAUAACUUAAUCACUCUUAACAGAAAGUAAUGAUUUAGAAAUGGCUUUCUAUAAAUGAUCCCGUACCUCUCCUGUAAAACCAUUCUCAAAAGAAUUGUCUGUAGAGAAAUUUGAGUAAGAAAAUUGAAAUUUAUUAUUUAUGAAGGUGAAAAAAUUCAUAUAUGCUCAUGGAACUCUCGGAACAAAGCAGCAAGGUUCCUCAGUUUCUUUACGUUGUCGUUAUACCCAGCACAACACAUUACAUCUGUACUGCUGAAUUAUUCUUAAGAUAGACCCUUUUGAGAGUGUACUCUCAUAAGUAGUAUAGUGGGGGCCGAAUUUAGCCCUCUUUGCAAAGGAAUCACAUUACUUUGCGAAGAAAUAUAUUAAAAUUCACGGUGGUGGUGAAGAGAAACAACAAAAAUGAGGAGAAGUGAUGAGGAGAAGGAGGAAGAGAAGGGGGAGGAGGCAUUAGAAAUUUAGAAAUGACGAGGGGGAGGAAGGAAAAGGAGAAUGACUGAAAACAAUGAGGAGAAAGAAGAGGAGGAGGAGGAGGAGGAGGGAAAAAUAGAAAGUUCGUACUGGAGGUGAGAUUAAAAGAAACUGAAGAGGCGCGAAAUGACUGAAUUGGGUGGAGAAGGAAGGGGUGUGGAGUUAGUAAAAAAUAGUGUUUAGUCCUACAAAGAGCUAGUUUGCCUUCGAACUCAUUAAUAUACACUUUUUGGGCGCCAAGAAUCAGUGAACGGGAAUUAAAAUAAUUCGUUGUCUGUAAUUGACACUGAAAGCAGCAGGAAAAAGAACUUGUAAAAUUACCUUGCGAAUCAGUGUUUUUGAGUCAUAUAAGGGGCGGAACUUAUAGCGCUUAUUCCUUCAACAACAUGGACCAACCAAUUACUUAUGACCUAUUUUUAAAUAUAAUUUAGCAUAGUAUUAUUCUAUCUUAUAUUACUAUUGUAUUUUCGCGUUUCUUUUAAUACAUUUUCACUGUAACUUAGGAUAUGUAUUUUUAUCUUUUGAUUGAAUAAAGGCUAUUAUUAUUAUUAUUAUUAUUAUUAUUAUUAUUAAUGAAAACUUAUCUUAACUUCUAGUCAACCAAUCAAAACGCAAGACAUUCAUCGAACUUGAAAUAACCAGAAAAUCUGUUUAACCUAUUAAACCCCCCUAAAAUAGAUUCUCCUGCAUUUUAUUCAUGAGAUAAAAAGGCUAAAGACUAUGACGUACAUUAUUGGCGUUAGUGUAUUCCUCCGCGGAGUAAUGAGAUUCCACCGCAAAAAGGGAUUAAUUCGCUCCCUACUAUACUACUCUCAUAGCUUCAUAUAUAUUGUUAUAUAUAUUAGUGUUAUGGUAUUUGUUGAGCUUUCUUCAAGAAAAAGUAUGAUCAAAAGGUGAACUUGAUAAAAACCAGCUCGUGGUGAGAUGUAAAACUGUUUCUCUCUCAGUUAAAACUCCUUCAACAUAUGUUAACGUGAAUUUUUGUUUAGUUCAUGACGUUAUGUAACCUCCUUCCUGCCUGAGAACGACGUUGAGCAUCACGGUCAUCAAGCAAAACCGUCUUAAACCCCACUUCAAAUCACAAUAAAAAUAUUGGUUUUGACGACUAGACAUUUAUUUAAAACGGUCCUUACAGACCAAACCCAUUUUUACAAAUUUAUUUUUGUGAUGUCGUCACCUGAGAGAAUUAGUCUUCAGCGAAAAGAACAUGAUUUUGAUGCUAAUGGAAAGGCGCGACUUGCUCCAGUACCGAGGACGAAGUCACUUAUAGUUGAGAGCCACCAAAGACUAAUGACUUCUUAUCCUUUUUAGCUUAUCAGCCGAGCAAGCCAGAUAAAACAGCAACUGACCCUAACUCCUGGAUAGCUCUGGAGUGUGGUGCAACAGAGAAGUUUUCAGCCACGGGAACUUACAAACAAAAUGUUCCUUAUGCUGUGUAUUCAAACUUUAAUUUCAUGCGGACUGAGCUAGAGAGUGGAUGGUUUGCGAUCCAGUUAGAACCAGAUGACAAAGAUGAUUAUGGAAAGAAGAAGCUUACCAAGGUUUGCAAAUCAUCCUGAUCAUUUAAUCUUACGGUGAACUUAAUUUAAAAAUGGCCGGUAAAUGCGCGGGUUUGCCGUGAGAAAUCAGUGGUUAUUUAUCAUUUACAAAAGUUUCCGAAAAACCAAGGUAGUAAGUAAAUAGGCCAUGACGUGUUGGGUCACUCCAGCGAAAGCUUUCCGGCAGCAACCUUACGGAACAUACAGAAAUUCUUGUUCCAUUUUUUCAAAGUUAUCUUUGACAGCAGUUUUCAGUUUUGUGGACAUUUUUAGUUUUGUUUACCCACUACAGGUCAUGUGAUAAUACUCUAGGGAACUGUUUCUUUCAAAUUUAAUCUCGUCCAUAUGUACGCAUAAUUUACUAGCAGACAAAGGGUCAAUUUUCCCUGGGACCUCUAUUGGGAAAAGAAAACAUACCAGAUAAAGAGGUCUAUUUGUACAACUAAUAAACGCGAUUCCGGAGCGAAAUUCACCAGUCCUAAAUUUUGCUUACCAUUUUUACCAAACGGUGAAACGAUCGGUUUGAAAAAGGUCUUGCCGCUCACUGAUAGUUUUUCUUCAUUUAUGUUGAUAUUAUAUUUUUGAACAAAGUGUCCCUGCAUUUUAACUAUUUGAAGUCAUAAGCUGAAAGUGGUACAGUUUUUUGCACAUAAAUCAUGUUCUGCAAUGCCUUGGCUAGUCUUCCCAAAGAUCAUACUCGAAUUUUUUCAUUCUUAACACGAUGCGCAAAAAAUAUCUUUCUGGCUCCGAAAAGUUAUCCAGACCUUCCACAAACAUGGCCAUGAACGUCUGCUAAAAAGGUUGCACUUUUUUAUUUAGGUUUGCUUUGAGAUCAUUGACCCACUGACCAUCGGCAAAGUUGUGUCAAACAAAGCAACCUACUACUCAAAGAUCGAUGCCAUUCCAGAAUGGACUAAACCCGCACUAACCGAGAAUGUUCCCGCCUUUACCAUCUGGAUUGACGAGGCUCAAACUCUUAGAAAGUACGAGUUCCUCUGCGCAAAAUCAGAUGAGUAUGUUCCGUUCACCGGAUAUGUUGUGACGAAUGUCAGGUAAGCUAGGUAAUGUCUCAGGCCGCUCUCAAACGUGUUAAGUGUAUAAAAAUAGAGAAACGAUAGAAAACAACGGAAAUAGUCAUUUAAGUUCCUGUUGAGUUGAUUAUUUGUCAGUCUUGUAACAGUGUGGUAAAUAAAGGGUUUACCUUCUCUACUACAUUCCCUUGAAUAGAGAUCUUGUUCGCAAGGUGUCCAUCCAUCCAUCCAUUCAUGUAUCCAGUUCUUCUUUUCCCAGAGGGCACCGUGUCCGAGUGGUCAUAGAGAGUCAUAGCGACUAUUCCUGGCUUUUCUUCUCGGUAGACCCGAUUUAAAAGUCUCGGUCAGGCUAUUUGCCUUCGACCAGUUAGGGCUUUUAAUUCUGUUAUGUUAGCUACAGCUGCUAAGUCUACUUCCACUUUAAAUAUAGCAUUUAUUUAUUGUUUUGUUUUUAGCCUUCUUGGAUCACCAUAAACCCGCUGGUUCAGUUAUCUGCUUGGCCCUACUAGUGUUUGUGCUACAUGACUGCAGAGAGAAAAUAAAGUUUAUGUUAUUUACUAUUCUUAUUUUCUACCUUUCGACCAUAGAUUCUCCUACUACACCGAAGGAAAUUCCCAGACUUUUAAGGCUAAAGGUGACCACACUUUGAAGUCAGGAACUGUGUUUAAGACGGAGGUGAAAAAAGAUCCGUUCACUUUAGCUGUCUACGCGAAAGCAACUGCCUCAUCGGUGACUUUCAAAGACAUCAUGGCAUCUUUUGGACUAGAUCCAGCAAUUGUACCAGAUUUUUUUGUCAACGCUUUGAAGUAAGAUGAGCUGAAGAGUUUUUUCCAUUUUUUUCUAUACGGCGUUCUUGACACGGGAUGCGGUACUGGGAAAGAAAACGAUAUUCGAGAUAGAAAUGACAGAGAUUGGGGGUGCGAGAUUGUCGUGAAAAGGGAGCGGGAAUGAGGGAACAGCCCUCAUUCUAAAACCUGCUUAAGAUAUAAUCUCCCGAGAUUCGAAUCUAUAGACACUGUCAGGCUUUCCAAAUAGAACUGUGGAAAGAUCAUAUCACGUUUAGCUUUAUCUGAUAUUAAACUCAUCAAAUCUUAAAUCCCAAGUUUCUCCACAUUAGUCCUUGGAAUGGGAUUCCUAUUUUUGAUUGUAAGGAUUUUGUACCUCUUACUUUUGACUCAAGUAAAAGCCACCGAGUGGAAUGUCCUGAUAUUUUCAUUUGUAAGCUUUCUUAAUAGAAGGGAAAAGAAAUUUAACUAAAUCUAGUGCACACUUACGCCACUUCCGAGUUCCAAAACCCCCAGUUUCAAAAUGAGGCUAGGUACACAACUUUUCUUUUGAAAAUGAGUUUUAUUUGCAUGAGAAUGGAAAAUGAUUUCCAUAUCAAAGGCUGAGCACCUACCCUCGUUUUGAAACAGAGGCCCGGGGGAACUCGGAAAUGGCCUAUUGAAUGAAAUGCAUGAGUGAAGCUACGAUACAAAAAAUAAAAAGGAGGCACGAGUGAACAAAGGUAAAGAAUAAUUAUAACUGACAGUAACUGUGUUCUUAAACUCUAUCCAGCCUGUCUUGUUUGUAGCUGCGAAUGGCAUUUUCGUUUCAGUGAAAUGGUUGACCCUAAUACAUUACAACCCAUCAUUAAAACUGUGGUCAGUGACUUUAACCCUUUAAGUCCCAAGAGUGUCCAAAGUCAAUUUUCUCCUAACAACAUCAUUAUAUAACCAAGAGAAAAUGUUGUGAGAAUUAAUGAAAUAAUCACCUGAUGUUAAAAGCUUUGAUCUACAAACAAAUUCUCUUAACAAAUUCUUUAAGGAAAUGUAUGUAGAUCUGUCUGGAGAGUUUGCAUGUGGAUAUAAUGGGGACCUAAUUUCAGUCUAUUCUCGUAGAGGAAUAGGUCUCUGGGACUUCACCAUGGCACCUGCAGAAUUAGUACGAAAACUGGAAAAGGGUGGAUUGACACGAUUCACGGCCUCAAUAAGCGCAGGAGGCGUCCCUGUUCACGUGGAGAUUCUGGCUGGAAUGAGGUUUGGGCGACCGCAAUUUGCUGUAGGAUUCAGCUUUGACAGUGAAUCAUAUGGAAAGUUGGCUGAGAAACUCUCUGGGAUUGGGGUCGAUUUUCUGGACAAACUUGGAUUUGAGCUGCAGGUAACUCUGAUUUGCAAAAAUGCUCUCAUUUGAAGAAAGCAUAAUCAGAGCAUGCGCGAGCGCUAUUGGCUAGGCAAAGGGGUCAACGUUUUUCUCAUAAAGACGUUAACAAAGGUUAUCUCGUCUUAGAGGGUGACCCUCUCUCUCGGGACAACUUUUCUCCAUUUAAACGAGUUCUAAGAGUGGAUUUAUUUGUAACAUACGCGUAUAGCCGUCGCCUUUGCCCGUUGGAAUUCUUUCUUGUUUUCGAGCUCAAAAACAAUGAAUCUGCCUUUAAUGUUUCCUUUUACCUUUCAAACUUUCACAGAUCGGAGUAGCGUUCAGUCCUCCAGAGGUCUUAGGAUUCCAGCAAGUUUUAACCGAUGAAGAAACCAAGUUUUCUAAGGAUCCACUUAGCAGCUACCACACUGUUAGCGUUGUUCAAGGUUCGUUAAAUUACGGCGUUAAAUUACAGACCUUAGCUUGAUACCUCCCAAUGUAAUGGUUUGCGCGUGAUUUAAGCGAUUAUGUUAAGCUGGAGGUUUCUAACUUAAAGCGUCAUUCAGUACUAUUCAAAAUGCAAUGGUCACAAGUAACUUUGAAAUAAACUCUAAACCGAGCGUUAACUGUAAAAGAGUAUCUUUAUUUCGAACGAUGAUGACGAUGAUGAUGAUAAUAAUAAUAGUAAUUAUAAUAAUAAUAACAACAAUAAUAAUAAUUUCUUAUACUUUUAUUCUAUUGUAGGCAUUUUUUACUUCAUUUGGUACUUUUUUGAAAAAUGGUUAUACACGAUAUCAAGAUUUUAAGACGGAAUCCAUUAGGAAAUUGAGUAAUCACAAAAACCUUGUACCAGAAUAUCCUGUGAAAUUUAAAUUUUGUUUUCUCCGACUCCCAUAACAAAUUGUCGUUGGUGUUAUAGCUUGUUAUUGCAAAUAACUAAUUAUAUCUGUACUCCUAGAAAAGUGUAAAAAAAUGCAAUAUGCUUUAAAUUAUUCUGGUACAAGGUUUUUGUCCACUGAGAAUUAAAAUUACUCAAUUUAAUUCUUGAUGGAUUCCGUCUUAAGGUAUUUUCCAGAUUUUAGAUAUAGUCCAGUUACAGGCUAUGCUAUGCACCCGAUGUGACUAUUGUUGCACUUUAGGGCAUUUGAAGUUUCUACUUCCAUAAUAAUAACGAUGAUGACAGUAAUAGAAACAAUACAGUUACAUGAGUGAAUAAAGCCUUAACUGAUCAAGCUUUUAACCUUUCCUUACCACCAGGUAUCACGGCCGUAGCACAAAUCGUUCUACCCAAGGACUGUAAAGGAAAUAAAUUUUGCGAGAUUUGCAAGAUGAUUGUAGGGCCAACAAUAAAAUGGUACAUCGCCGGAGAGUUUCAGUGGAGGAAAAUCAAAGUCGCAGUUGGAUUCAAAAACAUUCGCCUAUUUGCUGGGUUGUACUUUCAUAAACUUGAGCUCUACGUUGAGGUCAGUUAUCGAAAGCAGCUGAGCCAGCACACUUUCCGCAAAAUAUCCGUCUAUUUUGCUCAGAAAGGACUUUAAGCCUAGAACUAAGACCCAGUACUGUGAUAUUUUAUGGGGGAUGGGUAUUUUUAGUAUUUUGAACAAAGCUUUUACAACCUUAAAGGAGCCGCUGUUUUAGGUCAAUACUAUCAAUGUUAAAGUCAUUGCUUAGUGCCUUUAUCCAUACACAAAAUCAGCUUCAGUCUGUAGAAUUUUUAAAGAAGAUACCAAGUGAAACAAAAUUUCAUCAGAGAGCAAUUUUUAGGUGAUUUUUGCAGGCAUAGUAGCAAAACUUGCAAAAAGUAUCCCAGCCAUCCGUAGCAACAGACGACAGGAGACAUUCUCGAUGCCUAAAUAUAGUCUUAACUAAUAAAACUAAACCAUUGUUUUUGGACUUCAAUCGGUGCGAAGACGAGUUUUAGCUUUUUAAAAAGAUAGUAACAGCGUGUAAGUCCGUUUAAAUUCAUAACAGGUCGAUACGAUUCAAAAUACAGCGCAGACUCAGCUCUGGCUGGCUGCAAAUUUUUAACUCUCACUUGGUUAACUUGUAAAACUUUGCAUAGCAAUUUGUGACAACACGACAGUAUUUUGACCGUAUUUUGUGUAACUGCUAGGAAGAGUGGAAUUACUAUAGAUAGUCUAUAGAAUCAAAAAGUCUGAAAGGCAGUUUUGUUUCUGCAAUACGAUCGAUCUUCAUGAAAGAACAACGGCCGUCUAUCUGGAAAGUCCCCGGACAACCCUUGAGCGUUGGCCUAUAUGCAGUGAUAUUUUUUCUUUUUGCUUGUUCAAUUAAGGCGGACUGGAAUUCGACAGCUAAACACAUCAAGUUGGGAUUCCGUGCAGAUAUCAAGAUUCCUGUGAAUGGCGAUAUCUACCGUGAUGGAAUCAGAGCUCCUAACAGUGAACUAUUUUUGUUUGGUGUGUUGGAGUAUGAUUUUCAACAACAAAUAGUUUCAGGAAAACUGGGCAUGCGUGGAAUAUGGAGAAAAGCCUUCUUCAUACCCUUCCUUGGCAUUGGAAACAUUUUCCUGGGGUAAGAAACACAAUGUUGAUUAUUACCUCUUGAGAUUUCUGAUAUAAAUAUGAUAAAGUGUAUGCCCCAUCGCACAAGCCUUGCAUAUUAGAAAUUUUUUUCGGACCGUGAAAAAACCCGCCAACUGUUCAUAAAGAGUAGGGGACCUAAUCCCUGAAAUUACUACUCACAAUAGGGGGCACUCAUAACUCGUUACUUCUAGACUGCGCUUAAAACAGUUUGGCAAAAGGGUACCAGUCCAGUGCCCGGUUCCUUGAAAGAUAGUUAAGUUUAAGGUGUUUCGAUAUAGUUUUUCAGAGGCCAUACCGAUAUUUUUCAAUGGACUUAAAAGUGAUUCUAUCCUUGUCUGAUCGCUAUAAAUUUUUUGCCAAUGAUUGACUAUAGAUUGAAAUUUGUCAAAAUGUAGGUUUUAGUAAAAUCGAUAUUACUAUGACAACAAUAAACAAAACUGUUUGAAAUUGAUAAACGCCUACUUUUGCGCGAUCUAGACCAGCUACUGAAAAUCCAACACUAGGAACUUUUAAAAAGUUUGGUGUGUAGCAAAGAACCUCCGUAAGAAGUAAAAAAUUCUUCAUGUUUGAAUUCGACUAAAACGAAAAUAUAUUUCAAACCUAAAAUUUCCAAUAGCCGUGAUAAAUGAUUCAAAUUUUUCUUAAGUAGCGUCAGAAUGCUGCUAAAUAUCUUAUUUUGAUGCUAGGGAAUUUUGGUGUAUUUUCGUUCUUGGGAUCUUAAAACUAACCCGUUUUCUCAACACCUGUCUAAGUGCAACUUCAUUCAAAAUUUGGACUUUUAGCGCUUCUUUGUAUAUCUCUGAAACGACUGGAAGAAAUUUUUUAAAAACCUCUUCACAUAAUCUUCAUAAUGUAUAUAAUUAUGUCUGAAACUUUUAUUAAGAUUGAUUUACUGCAACACCUUGAAAUUUCAAGACAAACCUAUUUUACUUACCGGUCAAAAAUCUGCGCUAUAACAUUCACUGUUUUGACGUUAUGCUAAUUUUUCCAAAUUAAUGCGGGCAAUACAUAUAAAAGUAUCCAUGAAUAGUACAUUUCAGUGCGAGUAUUGUCAAUGUUUUACAUUCAAAAGAUGCGAUAAAUUGAAACUAAAAUGUACUAGUCAUGGAGGUAUGUAUAGUGCGCAUUAUUUUGGAAAUUUAGCAUAACGUCAAAACAGAAACAAAAUUUCAAUCCUGGUGAAAAUUUUAUAACGAUCGGACAAGGAAAAAAACACUUUUAAGGCGAUUGAAAAAUAUAGGUGUGGCCUCUGAAAAAACUGUAUCGAAACACCUUAAGCAAGAUAAAGUCAAAUUUUAAGCAAGGUUUUUAUUGUCUAAAAACAUGUCACUCGAGCUUGUAAAAUACUGUUGUGUCUUUACUCCGAGAUUCAAUAAUGAUAACAUAUAAUGCAGAAUGUUACUCUGAGCAAUGCAUAGGACCGUAAAUACAAAACAUGGAACAAUAAUUUUUUUAACCCUGGAUUAGCGCUUUCAGGAACCGGGACCAGCGCUCCAACCGCUCGGCAAUGCUGUGUCCCUGUUUGUAUUGUUGAUAUGCUGCUCACUAAAAUACUCCUGAAAACAAGUGUCAACUUGUUGAAAGGAUACUUUUAUAUCUUUUAAGCAUUCACCACGUUGUAAAAAUUCUUAACAGGUUAACGUACAAGGUUGGAGCGCCGAUACCCAUAACUGGCGUGCAGUUUGGAAUGCGAAUAGAAUUUGGAUAUAAUUGUCUUACAGCAGCGGAUUUUAACGAUCAGGUAAGGAUGAGAUAUGUCGUAAAAAAACGGAUAACCAUAACUUUGAAAAAAGAUCACCAUCACAUUUGUAUCAUUUCGCAACGAUAACUUUGUUUAUACACAUUUAUUUUACACAUAAAAACAACUCAUUGUUACCUAUAACUUCUUUUUACAAGUAACUGCGUUUCGCAUUUUUUUCUCCUAAAUAACCACCUUAUUCCUAAACAAGCAUCUUUGCAUUUAACUGGUUAUAGUUCACGCGCUAUUUUAAGAAAGUCACCCUUGCUCUUAAAUAGCCAUGCUUACCCCCUUUUAUUAGUGACGACAUUUGCCCUGAAAUACCCACCUCUUCAAUGUGGUUUUCUGCAUUGGUCGAGAGAAAGAUAAAACAAGUAGUAUGCGCGUAGUUCUAAGUGGCUUUGAGAAAAGGAAAAAUUUCAAUUACAAAAAUUGCAUUUACUAUUCGUCUUAUCUUACUCUUAAACAAUUGUAAAAGAGCUAUUUAUGGAUACCAUCUUUGAGCAUGGAUCUUCGGGUUAUUUCACCAGUAGGUUAGUGUUUAAGCUAUUACUUUUUCGCUGUGAACAGUGAAAUGUUCUGAAUUCUUGCAUUAGGGUCAUUGUUUUGGUGGCAGUGGUUAUUUUGGUAUAGGAGCACCUCAGUUCUUCUACGUUGACAUCACCGCACUUACUCUUGGGAAGAUCUUCAGACUACUAGGAGCAAAGUUCCAGCUUCCGGAACCUAUAGCAAAGACGGGAUUCCCAGAAGGCGCUUCGGUAAGCACCUUGACUUGAUUAUUUCGUUCAUUUCUUUGGAUAUUCAAACACAGCGAAGUAGGUCGAAAGAAAAAGCACAGGUACCCCAAGCUCGAAACUUGCGUCACAGCAUUUGCAUGGAUUAUUUCUGUAGCCUACAAAUUUGAAAGGAUUUUAAAAAAUUCAGCUUACCUCACUUUUGUUGCGUAUUCCUUUUUUCCUGUGUGGUUUCCGAGCCGAUCAAGGGCCAUUGGUAAUGGUUUUAUUGGAACCGGUUUUUGGAAACAAUUAUAUAGAGUACAAAUCGGUUCGAAUUAAACCCAUCAAAUGGCCAUAAAUAAGCGAGGCAACCACACAGGGAAGAAUAAGAACACAAGUUAAGUAAAGUUGCCGAUUUUAUUCAAAUCCCUUUACAUUCGUGGGUAAAAGAAAUGCACAUAACUCGGACUUCGGUGGGUUUUCACUAGUGCGCACAGUUAUUUGCACGUAAUUCUCUUAUGGCUUGCUAGAAUAGACCGUUUUACCGAUACGGCGGCCAUUUUGAAUAAGUUAGAUUUAAGGAGUAUUAUGGGAUGUCCUGGGGGCAUGAGCACAUUCCGUUAAGUAUUUACGAGCGCCUUUCGAAGAUUGUAAUGGGAAAAAAGAUCGUUGUGCCGUGUUAGGAUGUAAUAAUGAUCGCCUUCUUCCUGAGAAAUAUACAGUGAAAGACCAUAUUUCUAAUACUUAGCGAGUACAACGGAUAGUGCUCAUGCUCCCUGGGCAUCCCAUAAUACUCCUUAAAUGAAAUCAAUUUAAUAUACGGGCCGCCGUAUCGAUAAAAAGGUCUAUUGCUUGCGUUUCGGAUAGGAUUAGGGAUGGCUGACAUUUCGUGAUGUCUGUCAUAAGGGUAUGAAUCUUUCUGCAUUUCUGGACAUAACUCAAGUUUUGAACAUUUAGAAAUGUUAUAACAACUUUGUUUGUUUUAGGUUUCGUACGCUACAGAUGCCAUCGAUCUUCGUAUUGCGGGUGGGCCGUACAUUCUGAAAGGAUUUACCAUGAAAGGGAGACUCAACAUAUUCGGAUGGUCAAUAUUUGCGCAUCUUAAAUUGUCGGAUGAGGUGAGAUAAAUUAAGGUGUUUCGAUACAGUUUUUCUAUAAAAUUUUCUUCGGUAAUUGGCUAUGGAUUGAAAUUUGUGAAAAUGUAGUUUUAAGUAAAAUCAAUAUUACCAUGACAACGAUAAACAAAAAACUUUGAAAUUGAUAAGAGCCGAAUGCUGUGUGAUCUAAACCAACAACUGAAAAUCCAGCACUAGGAACUUGAAGUUUGGUGUUUAGCAAACAAUCUGCGUAAGAAGUAAAUAAUUCUGUAUUUUUGAAUUCGUCUAAAACGAAAAUAUAGUUCAAACCUUAAAUUUUCAACAGCCGUGAUAGGUUAUUUAAUAAAAACGUUAUAAAUGACUAAAAUUAUUCUUAACUAGCGUUAGAAUGCUGCUUAAUAUCAUAUUUUGAUGCUAGGAAAUUUUGGUGUAUUUUCGUUCUUGCGAUCUUAAAAACUAGCCCGUUUUCUCACCACCUGACUAAGCUAAGUGCAACUUCAUUCAAAAUUUGGACCUUUAGCGCGUCUUUGUAUAUCUCUGAAACGACUCGAAGGAAUUUUUAUAAAAUCUCUUCACAUAAUCUUCAUAAUGUAUGUAAUAAGGUCUGAAACUUUCAUUGAGGUUGAUUGACUGCAACAUCUUAAAAUUUCAAGACAAAACCUAUCUUACGAACCUGUCAAAAAUCUGCGCUACAACAUUCACUGUUUUGACGUUAUGCUAAUUUUUCCAAAAUAAUGCGCACUAUAGUCAAUCAUUGGUGAAAAUUUUAUACAAUGAGACAAGAAUAAAAUCACUUUUAAACCAUUGAAAAAUAUCGGUAUGGCCUCUGAAAAACUAUAUCGAAACAAAUUUGACUCUGAAGAUGACUACCGCACAGGUUGUCGAAACGUCAGUCACUGUCAACAACAACAGUCCUAUUCAGGACUACGGUCACCCGGACGAUCAAACUCAACCUACUUUUGAAAUGACUCCUGGGUUCAAACUUUUCACAGUUAAGACUUUAUCUUCAUGAGUUUUAUCAGAAUUGUGUUAUUUUAUUUGCCUUUGUGUGUAAGCUAUUCCAUGACUCGUUUUAACAAAGCCUUAUUACUUUUUCUUUUUUAUCCCAAUACUAACAACAAGCAAGUAAAUCGUAAAAAAAAAAAAAACAAUAAAAAAAAAAAUCGUAAUGACUAGUUUGCUGGAGGUAUGUUUAUAAACUGUUCUUGCUAGUUUACAGUCACUCCACCGAAAUAAGAGAUCAGGAAUAAAAGACCUGAGUGGAGCAAACACAGGGCUCGCGUAGCGGGAUGGGCUAGAAGGGUCAGCCUCUUCCUACUUUUUGCAAAUAAAUAAAUAACUAAAUUAAUUAAUUAAUUUAAGUGCAGUGGAACGUCGAUAUAACUAACGGCCAAGGGACUGGCAAAAUUUGGUCGUUAUAACGAGGUUCUUGUCCAUAUAUUUUACUAUUUCUGGGUUUAAAAAUUUUGUGAUACCGAGGACCUCGUUAUAUCAAGGUUCCACCGUAAUAUACAUUUUCAUAUUAAAAGUAUUUUUGCUGGAAUAAUCUCAGUAAACAAAACAAAACAAAAACAAAUGAAAAAAAAGAGAGAGAACAGAAAAAUUUCCCCCCCUCCCUACUUUAAAAGAGAUGGUCACCAGCCCCCACACUCUAAAAACUGCUCGGACAGCAAAUGCCGUUUCAACUGCCUAUGAGUCGUUUCUAAAACUCUCCUCUUUGACAAAAAGUGUUAGUAUUACUUGCCUCUGAUUCACCUACUUCUAAUUAGUUUCUGUCUCGCCAUCAAGCCUUUAUUAUCCUUAGAGGCCUUCACACAAAAAGAUAAUGAAAAAGGUCAGGAGUGAGAAUCUUUCUUGUCGUCGUCCCAUUAUCGAACUCGUGACCCGUGCGCCUUCGUUUUGCCCCUCCGCGUCUACCAGAAGGCCCUUAGAGGCGUUUGCGAAGGAGAUAAAAAGUUAUUGAGCUAAAUAUUUAUUUGGAGAUUUCAACAAACAGGCUCCCAUUCAUUGAUAGAAAAUUUCGUGAACGUGGGUGACUGACUGCCAAGCAGGCGAUAAGUUUAAUUCAAGUUUCAUUUAUAAGUCUUGUUUAAUUCAGUUACUGGGUGCUUAAGCAAACGAAGAAAUUUGGAUUGGCUGCGUCAUCACUUCCCCCAAUCAAAAGUUUUCCGAGGACGCUUAGCACACUGCAGAUAUAGUUUUGCGAACUUACUUGUUUCUUUUUGCCAUGAGGGGGAAUGUAGAGCACAUAAUCUUUCACAGACUUAACAUAACAUGGCAUACGGAGUGCGUGUUCCAGAAGUGUGUGUUGCUGGGUUCUCGCUUUGACAAUUAUUAGUUACCUUUUAUGUGAUAGAUUAAGCAAUUUUAGGGCUGUUUUUAAGUUCGAGCGUCAUACACAUGACGAUGUAAGUGUUUUUUGGACUUCGCAAAUUAACAAAAAGCUUUUGCUUCUGCCCAUUUUUCUUGCGAUUGGGUCGCCUGUGUACUUUAGUCCUUCGAAGCUCCUUAACAACAAAAACAUUUAGUCCUUUUGUUAAUUUCUGUGAAGUAAAAUUGAGUGAAACAAAUUAAAGAAAUGCUAUUUGAAGUUUUCUGAGAGAUUUCCAAUCGCCGGGACAGUACUGCAUCGUGUUAAAGCUGAUUCCAUAUGAUUGUUUUGAUCAUCUGAAGAGAUUUUAAGACGCGGGUACGACUAUUACAUGGAGUUUACCUGAUUCAACUUGCUCUUAGGACCUUCAAAAGCCAGGAUAUAUCAUUUGAGAGUUUUACUUUGCAGGCAAUCUUUGUGGACCUCAAACCUGAUCCAAUCAAUAUCUUGGGCCUUGCUGUUAUCGCCCGUAGUCCGAGUCAGUUGGAUUUGGGACCUUGGUUUUAUAUGGAUGCCAGAAAGACUCCACUCUACUACGAGGUAACGUACAAUCCCUUCCCUUUACGCAUUACCAGGACAGUCCCCUAACUAAAGUUCAACGUAACGAGUGAAAGACGUUCGAAAUGAGACGUAUAAAUUAAUAACAGGUGUGGCAGUCUCUGUUAAACUAUACAUGAUGGUACACCUUGCUGCGUGCUGCGACAGUAUCUUUUUGUUAAUCAUUUGCAAGCUAAUUGAAGGAAUGAAAUUUAAAUACUUAAUUCUCUCUCUCUCCUUACGAAACAAAUCAUUCAUAUGGAACAUUACAGUGUUAAGAAUCCUAACUGGUAGCAGGCGAACCAGUUGGCUAUUUCACAAGCGUGGCUAUGGAUACAUGAACAUGGGACUGCCAAGAACAAAUCCAGCCAGCGGUCAGGGGAAGGGACUUGAAAUCGGGGCCUCCAGAUUACAAGUCCCUUGCCCACGCUUCCUCCUUUUUUUGCUUAAACAUAUUUUUGUGCAUUAUUCUUUUUUUAUAGGCAUAUAUAGAGGGGUACACCAAACUACUGGGAAUCUCAACGUACGUCCGCUUGAACCUGACCAUGAGCCACAUAGAACUGUUGAUUCAAGGAAACUUCUUAAACCUCAUCAAAGCUGAACUGUAUCUGACAGCUGGUUACAGCUUAACAGGGUUCAGUGCUAACUUCUAUGUCAGAGUAACCGUGGACCUCAGCGGUAUCAACAAAGUAAGAAAAUCAUUGAAAAUUUCAUGUUUGCAGUCAAAAUUGAAAAAAAAAUCACUCUUCUUUCUUCUCCCCAAGAGGAGGAAGUUUGUUUGUUUGUAGGCGUAAUUGCUCUAAUUUAUAAUUUACACAAAGCAUAUAAAUUAUAUUACAGGAUACAUUAAUUAUGUUCCUGAAGAUGUUUGGCCAAACAGAUUUAAAUCUAAUUUUUCCUCGUUUAUUUUUAACCCGAUAACCUAAUGAAACACUCUAUCUAGUGUUAGAUAUAUAACAUGAAGCUCAAAACAGUCAUUUCUAUCAAUAGGCAAGUUUCGUAUUCCCGGGCGGCCUAGGGCGAGUGCUUGUGUUCGCGCGAAAGCGAGGCUAAUGCGAGUAACUUCUUGGCAAGAAGACAAACAAACAUGAGAAAACUGCAGCUGAGUUACCGGAACAUGAGGAAAAUCUUAAAGGUUAAUGUUUCGAGGGGCUCCAAACAUACUUAUAGGCUUAAGAAAUCAUUGCUAUGUACAACAAAAGGAAGAUCAGCUCUUCGUCACCGAGAAAAACAACGAGCGAAACCAGAAAUUGUCCGGAGAGUGGGUUGGUGAGCGAGUUCAAUAAAAAUGCGAAGAUGGUCUCAAAAUCCUCAAAACAUGGUAAAACCCUGAAGCCGUUUUAAUGUCCAUUUUUAGUGAUCGUCAUAACUUCUUUAAGUAAGCCUUUUGUUGAAAUGAGGUAGUUAUGGAAAAAAUGCAAUGAAGUAAAACAACUACUUUUCAGUUGACAUUUUCUAACGGAGCGGAUGAAAAAUCAUAUGUAUUUGAAAUAAACCAAACAAGCACGUUCGGUGGAAAAAUAGGCUGCUUUAGCAGCAGAACGGGAACGUCAUUUGACGACAGGAAAGCGCGCGAAAAGGAAAAAAACUCGACUUCCGGUGCCCAAUUUGCCGCUCUGCCAUUGGUCAAGCCAGUUGUUUGAUUUGCGCCCGCCGUCGUCAACUAACGUUCCCGUUCUGUUGCUAAAUCAGCUUAAUAUCUAUCACGACGUAGCUGAAGUUCUGCAUAGAUUCCUUGCACUGUAAGGAAGUUAAAUUGGAAUGGACAAAGGAGAUUUGAAAGGUAUACGUUUAUUUAUACUUUAAGCUUACAUUGUUUACAAAAACAUUCAGCUACAUGGAGAAAAACGAUCGACGUAUGCACAUUUCACUCGAUUAGAAGUUGAAUACAGACUUAUUGUACAGAUGAUAAUACUAAUCCAUUUUGCAGAUAUACACACGAGUAAAACGGGAUAAUAAGAAGUUUGAAAAUAAAAGGGAAUCGAAUAUUGACUUUUUUAAGCUUACGUACCAUUUUCAAGCUGAAGUUUACUUUUUCUUUUGGCUUCAGUCAUGGCUGUUUUCAUGUCUCUGUUAUAGUUCGACCAGCUCUUUCCGCAGUUUUGCUGUUUGAAAUAGGUAUCCCUUCAGCGUAUUGGUAAAGUUUGAGCCUUGAAAUCUUAUUAUGUUUAUGUUCACUUGCCUAUGUUUGUCUUUGUCUUUGCCGAGAAGUUGACCGCUUUAUAAGCCUCGCAAUCUUGCUCGUCUCAGGUCCGUCGGGGAAUACGAAACGUGCCUAUUGUAGCUGAAAAAUAAGGCUCCUAUUUCUAAGAAAGCUACACAAUCACCAGAACAAGUUCAGGUUUAUUCACCAGGAACCAAUUGAGUCAAUAAACCAUUUUUCUGCUUUUUGCCACUCUCUAAUCUUAGGCUCUGGACGAGGCCGCCAAAGCUGUAAGAGCAGCUUUUGAUGCUGCGGAAAAGAAACUCCGGGACGCAAGAAAUGACGUCAUUGCGAAAAAAGCUGAGUGUAAAAGAAAGAUGUCUCUUAAGUGUGACAGGUGUAAAGACCUGAAAUGUAAACAAGCCGAGCGAAAUUGCAAGGGAUUUUUGGACAAAGUGGGCAAAUGGAUUGGUGGCGUCGUCAAUGCUGCAGGUAAUAGAGACCUUUAGAUUCGAGGGCGAGAACGACUACGAGUACGAGAUUUCAUUUAAAGUUUUUUCGCGUAUUGUCAAAAAAUAUACACUCCGGAAUUCUUCAUUGUUUCUUUUUUUUACCAGAUAAGUUAGAAUUGUUAUCGUUAUUGAAGGAGGUUAAGACCUCUUCCGAUUGCAAAAUGCUAAAACUUCUAACAUUUGAUAACUUGUUCUCGCUAAAAGACCUAAAACUCGUAGUGGAAUGACAACGGCUACCACGUUUUCCCGCCAAAAUGACGCUGGCUCACGCGCGUACACUUCUUACUACUGAGAAAAUCUCGUACUCUUAGUCGUCCUCGUCUUAGAAUCUAAAGCUCUCUAAUUAAUGUAGCGCCCUACUUCCGUACGUGUAGGUUGUUGCGCGAUACAAAUUUGAGUUAACUUUGGAUUUAACCAAAAGUACGACCGAAGUCUAGAAUUAAUUCAAGACCUAGAAUUUGAUGCCCUUAUCUCACGAUAUCUGACAUUAACUUAAGCACGAAAAUAUAAAUUCUUCCGUGUUACACUAACGCGGACCAGCGCUCAGCACUCAAACGCUUUUAUUGAAUUUUAUUUUGGGGUGUUAGAGAAGAACAUGAGAUAUAUGAAUAAAUUUCAUUCCAUGGGAAGCGUGUGGCUAUCUAGGAACUAAUUAAUCAAGAAGAAUAUGAUCGUUGAUAAAAUUCUUGUCCUUUCUUUUUCUUGAGUAAUGUGCAGUAUUUAAAAUUAGUAUUUUGCACGGCACAAUUUUAUCUGGCAUCUUUGUAAUACGGUAUUUUAUUUUAGCUAACCUUGGAAUGUAUUUGUAGGACAGUGGAUCAAGAAGACUUUUAAUAAGAUCGGAAAAGCAUUGGCUCCGGUAAGCUUACAUUCUAAAUUAAUUUUCAAGAGUACAGACUCUCCCUGCAGUGGUAAAAACCAAACCAUACCUGAGCGCAGACCUAACGUCUUUAAUGGUUGGGGUGAAGGGGUCGGAGCGCUUACUGAGGUGAUAAAGGGCAUCUUACGCAAAAGAGGGCCGGGUUUCAUGGAGACCCAGGGAGAGGCAUUUAGUUGGAUAGCGACUCGGGAACUGGAUUGCAGUUGAUUGUUUUUUUGUUGCUUAAACACCACUGAUUAUAAUUUUUAGGUUGGUAAAGCUAUCAAGAAAUUCUUUAAGGGAUGGAGAAAGAGAAGAGAAUUGCAAGACAUGCGCGAUGAAAACUUUGCUUUACACAUUCGUCGACGUCGGUUUAUUAGCAAAAUUAUUUGCGAAGGUCUUGUUGGAGGAGGCUGCAGUGGUCAGUAUAAGUGAAUUCACCACAUUCUUAUGUCAAAGAAUAAGAUUCAUAGUAACUGCAACUGGGCUGAUUUCCUCUUUUUAGCAAAACGUCUACCUUCGUGUUGUUAAGAACUAUUUGACUAUGACUAGUUUCUGCAAAACUGUAUAAUAAAUAAGAAUUCGAUCUUGCUAUAUCACUGCAUAUUCAAGAAGCUCUGCUUGGUUGAACUGAAUUUUAAGCAUGUUUUGAACAUGUAAGUAGUCCAAACAGUGCCUAGCUUAUGUAUGUGAGCCUGAAAUAUUGUGCGCAGUCAAAGUAUAACACCUGUGUUUAUUCUGCCUUGCCCUUCAGCCGUAUCUCACCUUUGUGAAGGAACAUGCAGAGCCGUGGAGUUUAUCGGAAAGGGUCUGUGUAAUGUUUUGGAUGUGGCUAUUGGUUUCCUUAAAGUAGUGGAGACCGCGACGCGCUGGGUUGGCAAGGCAAUAAACUUUAUCCUCACUGCUUUGUUUAGAAUCCACAGGUAACUCUUAUGGUUCCUAAAUAAUCGUUACCACCGCCUCGAUCGAUGAGUUAUUUUUUUUCAGCCACCGUUCGCGUUCUUUCUUUUACUGAUGAAGGUCGUUAUCUGUCUCUUUCUUUGUUUAAAUUGAUUAUCUUUCUUGUGACUCGGCAAUUCAGGGAUGACAAAAAGUAUUUAUAGUUGGUGUGUAACUAUGGUUAAAAUGUUAUGUAAUUAUCCUGCGAUAAAUAUGAAAUCAUAGUCUCCCAUGGGAUUUGAAUCAAGGGUAUUUAAAACUUUUCCUUUUAAAGAAGCAAUGAAUUCGGAACAAGGACUUGAGUUCACUCCUGGGAUCGACGUGAACUCGGGACCACUCGCACAGAAGGCUGCGCGCUGACCAUCAGUGCUAAUCCUUCUUCCUAAACAUAACAUCCCAGAAUAUCAGUUUCUAGAAACGAAACAAUCCCCAUGGCACUUCCCUGAGGCACUGCAUGUGUCCUCAAGAUUCAAUAGCCUGGUACCAACUGUAACGUUUGUUUUGUUACCCUACAGCAUCAAAUUCGAAUUUGGUCUGGACGUUUACGCAAGCGGCGGCUUUAAAAACCUAAUUUUCAAUGCCGCUAUUGACUUAACCAUAUUUGGAAAACGCCUCUAUCUUGCCAUUGGCUUCAACUUGAACGAUCCUGUAGGCAGUAUCCGGUUUGGGGCCGACAAAUCUACAGAAUGGUACAAAGAUAAGAUGAACAAAAAAGGCGCCACGAGUACUGCAGAGAACUACUAUGACAAUCCUAAUCCAUUCGCUGACUUUGAAAUGUCAGGUACGCUCUUAUCCUCUAAAGCUAUGGAUGUAAUACAAUGUUAUAUACUGAUCCCGCAAGAAGUAAUUUUGUUUUCUAAAGGUCUCGAGCGAAAAAGAAUGGAAAUCUUACGACGAUUCUCUAAUGAAAAGAAAAGGGUCUGAAAGACCACUUUAGAAUUCCAACUUUAAUGGAAUUGGCUGUGAUUACGCUAAGCCUACAACUUGAAUCGGAGCGUGUAAAUCAUACCUGCGACAACUGUACGUCAGCUGUAGAUUUGCUUUGCACGAUAUAACUAGCUAUGACUUGUGUAAAGUGAUCGACCGAUGAUAUUACACGGCAAUGUUGUAUCACGUUACUUAACCUGCGUCGCAGGCGUGAAAAGGGGAGGGGCGAUAAAAGAGAAAGGGAAAAGGGAGAAGAAGCGGCGUCCCUUUUCCUUUCUCUCCAGUCCCCCUCCCUUUUCCUCUCCUUCCUUACCCGUUUCGACAUUUGCCCUGCAGGCUACGCGUUGUGACUUCAUGCUAAUUAUUACUGAUAACUUGAACCAUAGACCACUUUUGUGUGUGGCUUCAAAACCUAUAAGGUAACCAAAGUAGAAGCCCGCGAAUAUAUUUGGUUACAAGACCUAGAACUGGACGUAUAGGUACGAAGAACAAUAGAUAAACUUUGAAGUGAAAUUGCUGACAUCGACAUUUUUUCGGCUCAGAAUACUUCUUGAUCGAGAAUCAGCAGUCGGCAACCGAUGACAUACGAGGACCUUGCCUUUUCGUGGACUCCAAGACAGAUGGUGCCAAGAUUAGAGUAACAGGAUGCAAUGAUACUGACGAGAGACAGAACUGGGCUUACACUUUGAAAGGACAAAUUAUGGUAAGGCUACCUUAUUUAACGUCAUAAGCGAAUACAUACAUGUAGCAUGGACGGUGACUACCUGACGCCGCAUUUCUGAAUAACGUCUUUCAAAUGAAUUUGGGCUCAGUGGCGUUAAUCAUUUAAAAAAUAGCAAAGUGUUAAAUGCAUAAUCGUUCUUUUGAGUUUAAUUAAUAAUCGACAUGCCACGAGCGUGGGAUGAAGAAAAAAUCCUGCGUCCUCGAUGUGAUAAGAACCUAUGACCUCCCAAAACCGGGCGGAUGUUUAAUAUCCAGUAAACUACAGAGAAACCCAGGAGGGGUAGCAUGUUCCAGGCGUUCAGAUAGUGGAGUGCACCACCUCUUUGCCAGUUUUGCCUGUCGUAUCUCUGCGUCGUUCCCACAAUCUGAACACCUGUAACUGGCUACAGGAGGGCAUGACCAUUCAUCGAGUUCAUAUGAGCCACACGUCCUACAUGGUGUGAGGUAUAGCAAAGUUGUGAGCACACGGUAUGGUGAUUAAGAAGCUCGUAGUGGAAAAGAGUAAUCGCCAUAUCAAGAAAAUUUGUUUAACAUGUUAACUUUUCUUGGACAGAUUGCCUUAGCUUUUAAACGUGAAUAAGACUUAAUUUUUGUUGGACUGGCCAGAAAAAGAUAAUAAAAAAACUUACUGCCCAAGUUAGGAUGAAAAUGGGAAAGGGAUACCCAAAAUAAUUGUUAUGUUCUGAAAUUCCUCACGCAAGAGAUUCUCAUCACUUCUAUUUAUGGAAUCCGGCGGGAUAUUGAUGCUAGGAAGUGCUGUAUUUUGUCCCACAGAAUACUUGGUCAAAGCUUUGUAUCGAUACAAACGGAGCAUCCAAGGGUUCACAGCUGAUUCAAAGCAAGUGCGAACCGAGACAAGAUGAUCAGAAUUUUGAGUGUGACCUGGCGGUUAGGUCGAUCAAGCGAAGACGAGCCGAUAUGUGUUGGACUGUGGGUGAGUUGUACAAUUGGAAAACACAACGUUGACUCUAAAAUUUGUUUACCAAGAGGCUCUUAGAGCCUUAAAGAACCCGUUUGAAAGUGCUUAACCGUUCCAGAUCGAAUUAGAAUUCGGAAGUGUUGAUUGUUGAGGCCAGGAAGAAAAACUUCCAUUCUGGAGCGAAAAAGAGAGCCAAAACCAACGCCAACACCGUGGUCAGGCGAGACAAAUUUGCGAAUGCCAAGCAAAAACUCAAAGCGAAGGUUUUUACUUUACUUAGUGAGAGUUUAAGAAGUUACCAAUACGCCGUUAAUUUACUGAAUUUUUCGAAAGUUUGCUGAAAAACGUCCUAAGUGUCUGAAAACAGAAACUGGUGUCAUCGUCGGCGUCAAUUACCAGCAUAAUUUUACUCAGGAACGCCUAGUGUUCAAGGAAAAGAGCUCAGUAAUUUGAGAAAGAUAAAAAUAAAGUUUCGUUGGCUAAUUAUUUUAAAAACCCUUAUCCAUUUUUCACUUACUGACCUGAAAUACCAGUCAAUAAUGAAAAAGACGUUAUAAACGUUUGACUACGUUGGCCAUACAUGCCAUAGACGCCGGAACUCGAACCCAAGCCAAAUUGGCGGGAGGCGUCUGCUAUCACCACUGCGGUAUCUCUGCAGAACUCAUUUUGCAAAUAAAAUCGUCAUUUUUUUUUCCCAUUAGGUUCAACUAGCCUGGCUGGGCCGGGCUCUCUGGUCCAUCUCGGUUCUUUGAAAUGCAUCCAUCCACAGGGGGGAGGAGACAGUGUGUCAGAGGGUGCCAAGUUGCUCAUUCAUAGUGGAUGCAGCUUGAGCAGGUAACAGACACUACCCCACAGAUUCACUGAAUCCUAAACCUUCUGGAGAUUUGACUGAUUUUCUGUUACUAGGCUAGAGUUUAAAUUGGAGAAUGGAAAUUUGAAGCAUACAAAGAGUGGAAAAUGCGUGCGGCCAGCAGGAACAGUUGCUGAUGGCGUUGCCCUUGGUUUGUACUCGUCAUGUGGCGGCCAUCAGUUUAGUUUCACAACUGGAGGAUCAUUGCAGCACGUGGGCAGCAAGAAAUGCAUCAAUUCUAAAUCAGGGGUAAGUACUAUGGUGCACUGAGUUGAAACAGCCAGCUGAAGAGGUAAGAAACAGUUAAUGGACGAGGCUGAAUAUAAUAUGAAGUAUUAUGUAGGUCGAAGGGGAAGACAUAUGCCUCCUCGAAUUCAAAGGAUGAGGUAGAUAACACCUCGGUGCACUGUGUUGGACAGGUUCUUAGCAGUUUUGAAAUGCGAACGAAUAUAUAUUUUUUUAAACUUACUUUUUGUGUUUUCUCUUACUCUCUUUGUCGGUAAUUCGCCUAUUUCGUCCUCGCUACAAUUUACCGUGCUCUGGUAGAUACUGAUACGCAAAAAAUGUUUUAUAAUUGCUUUCUUUAGGGCUCCAAAAGUUUUACUUAAAUCGAAAAAUGUAUCCUCCAGUAUCCUUUAAAAGCCUAAAAAAGAUUGCCCAUAUUCAACGCUUGUUUUCUUUAGGGAAUGAUCCCAGCCAACAAUGAAGAAAUAGUCCUGAGCAGCAAAUGUGAAAAUAGCGAUACCUCCAUACAAAAGGAACAUCUCUUAUUCAGCUUUAUACCAAGUAAGUUGACUGACAUUUAUAACAUUUCAGGGUUGUAUUUCAAUAACUGUUGAUUCGACCUGCUCCACAUUGCUGUAAAGCUUUAUACGGAGAUAUAUUAAGGCCGUAUAGUUUGAGUUAAAAUACCUCCUCAGCAUAAUUGGGCGGAUAGGAUGGGACUGGGCGCCAAAUGGAGUAGUCGUGUUUUUUUUGUCGCUCCGACGCUGCCUUGCCGUUUCGCUAUAUCAGUUUCAGGAAAUUAGCCAAAUCAGCCUCAAACUAUUUAGAGAAUCUUUGCUUUUCCUUUCCGUUAUGCCCAACGAAAAGCGAGCGAGACAAGAGGCAUGCUUAAGCAGUGAAGAUGAAAGAACGCCACCACAUAAACAUGAGGCCGGCGCCGCCAUCUUGGAAAGCAUACACGAAAAGCUAAAGAAGCUAGACGUGCUUGAACAAAUAAACGGAAGACUACUGAAGAUUGAAAAUACCGUAGGUGACAUGGAAAGAGGACUUAACUCUAUGACAGCAGAACUGCAGAAGGUAAAAACGGAUUUAGACUCAAAAGCAGAUAACGCCACUGUCGAUGCGCUGAAGGAUGAAAUCGAAGAAUUACAAAACAGGUCAAGAAGGAACAACUUAGUCUUCUACAAUAUACCAGAGAAAGCCGAAAAAGGAGAUUGCAUCUCUCUUGUACAGGAUUUUAUUACGCAGCAUAUGGGCCUUGAAACGAUAUGUGGCCAUGUUGAGCUGGAGAGGCCACACCGCACGCCAAGCAAAACGCCUUCUGCUGGUGAAAAGGGUCCCAGACCAAUGCACGUCGCUUUUCUUCGAUACACGGAUAAGAUGAAGGUACUAAGGAAUGCCGCCGCUCGUCUAAAGGAUAACCCGUUAAACGGAAAUGCCAUCGGUAUAAGUGAGGAUUUCGCCAAAAAAACCCAGCGGCGGAGGCAAGAGCUCGUGCCCUACAGAAAGUUUCUAAAGAAGAAACUCGGAGACGACCGGAAAGUCUACAUCGCAUAUCCUGCAAUACUCAAAUAUGUCGAUGCCAAUGGCCGUCACAGAAUCGUAGGAACAGAAGAACUAGCAAAACUACGCCAUGAAAUGGAAGAGGCAAAGAGUUAACCUAGAAACGCCGUCGGAGUGAUACUGACCAACAACAACUUUAAUCUCACAUUCUACCCAUUGUUGGAGUUAAAAGAACUUCACAGGCAAUGCCUUUAAUUUGUUUCAUAAAAGGUAAUUUUCGUUUUUAUGUUGUAAGUGAUGCAAUGUUUUCUCCAGGCUUUAGCUUAAGAAGGCUUCUGUAUUGUGAAACUAUUAAGAUAUCGAUAUUUAUUCGUUAAUAUGAAUAAGUUAACUUUUAUUACGUUAAAUGUUAGGGGUUUAAAUAGUUCAAGAAAACGAAGAGCUAUUUUUCGGCAACUGCACGUUAACAAGUACUCAAUAAUUUUCUUGCAAGAGACAUAUAGCUCUACUGACCAAGAAAAAUUAUGGGAUAACGAGUGGGGUAGUAAGGUGUACUUCUGUCAUGGAAGUAAACACAGCAAAGGAGUAGCAAUUCUGUUUAAUCCUCGACUCAAAGUGCUAGUAGAAAAUGAAAUUUGUUGUGAAAACGGCAGGACUCUUAUCCUGCAGUUUUCUAUAGAUGAUCAGAAAUAUAUUUGUGCCAAUAUUUACGCACCCAAUAAUGAUAACGCGCAAAUUAUAUUUUUUAAACAACUCUUUACUUGAACAGUUUCCCAACGACAACAUUAUAGUAGGUGGCGAUUUUAAUUGCCCUCUUUCCAAAACCGAUAAAGAAGGAGGACGUGAUGUUUCGUCAAGAAGGAAUGUCGCCAGUGAGAUCGAGCAACUGAUGUGUAUUUUAGAUUUAGACGACGUAUGGAGAACGCUACAUCCAGAAGAAAAACAAUUUACUUGGCGAACAUCUGACUUGAAAAUAAAAUGCAGAUUAGAUUAUUGGCUAAUAGCCCGUCAACUAUUACAAAAUUCCCCCGUGCAGAAAUGUGAAAUCAAGCACGCUGCACAUUGCGAUCACUCUUUAGUGACGUUGGAAUUGCCAAUUAAUGAGAUCGAAAUACCCAAGAGGACCUGGAUUCUGGAAAUUCAAUUCCUCCGUCUUAUAAGAUGAUGAAUAUGCAGAAAAAUUAAUGUUUAAAAUUCCGCACUUUAUAAACAAGUAUCAGGAUCUUGAAGAUCUCGGACUCUUAUGGGAGUUGAUUAAAAUGGAAAUAAGGGCGUUUACAAUUAGUUAUUCAAAACAAAAAGCUAAAAUGAAAAAAGAUUAUGAAAAAGAUCUCGUACAGGAAGUCUCAAGACUGGGAAAUAUGGGUGAAAACUGCCCAUCAGCAGAAGCCGUCCAGAGAUACAUUAAAGUUAAGAACGAAUUGGAUAAGAUUUCCUACGACCGGGCAAGAGGAGCAUGUGUGCGCUCCAAGGCCCGUUGGCAUGAGUUCGGCGAACGAAGUUCGAAAUAUUUUCUUAAUCUUGAGAGACGAAAUUAUGAAAAUAAAUGCAUUACCAGCCUUAUACAAGAAAACGGAAGCAGUAUCACGGACCCAAAGGAAAUCCUAAAAGAACAAAAAAGAUUUUAUCAAUCCUUAUAUUCCUCGCAAAAUCCUCAAGUAAACGAUCCUAAAUUCAAAGUGUUCUUCGAUAAUGACAAGUUAGAAAAGCUGAAUGAUGAACAAAGAAAGAACUGCGAAGGCUUGCUGACGGAGAAUGAGUGCUGGAAUGCUUUAAAAUGUUUCCAAAAAAACAAAUCCCCUGGCAAUGACGGUUUUACUGCCAAAUUUUACAGCUUCUUCUGAAGUCAAUUAGGCAAGAUAAUGGUAAACAGUUUUAAUUAUGGAUUCCAUAAAGGUGAGCUGUCAAUCUCUCAAAGACAAAGCAUCAUACGUCUUAUUCCAAAAAAGAACAAAAAUUUAUUGUAUCUUAAAAAUUGGAGACCUAUUUCACUUUUAAAUGUGGAUUAUAAGAUUGCCUCUAAAGCUUUAGCUCUCAGACUAAAAAAGGUUCUAUCGGCAGUUAUAAAUAACACACAAACUGGUUACGUAGAGGGAAGAUUUAUCGGUGAAAACAUCAGACUUAUAAGCGACAUCCUCAAUUUCACCGUUGACCAGGACAUAGAGGGAAUUGCUUUAUUUAUCGAUUUUGAAAAAGCAUUCGAUACGUUAGAAUGGGAGUACCUAUUUAAAGCUCUAGAUACCUUUCAAUUUGGACCCGACUUUAAGACUUGGGUGAAAACUCUGUACACAAACAUUUCUAGCUGCAUAAUAAACAACGGCUUCGCCUCCGAGUCAUUUACUUUAAAGAGAGGAGUAAGACAAGGCUGCCCUUUGUCUGGCUUGUUGUUCAUUUUAGCCGCAGAAUUACUGUCUUGCUCAAUAAGAGCUGAUGAACAUAUAAAGGGAAUUCGAGUCCUAAACAAAGAAAUAAAAUUAUCUCAAUAUGCCGAUGACACCACCUCCUUUUGCAAAGAUAAAGAGUCGCUUGGGAAACUGUUAGAGUUAUUAGACCUAUUUAAAGAUUGCAGCGGUUUAAAGCUUAACCAAAGUAAAUCUGAAGCAAUGUGGCUUGGAAAAAACGCAAAUAGGACUGAUACACUAUUUGGAGUUCAGUGGCCACAAAGGCCUAUCUCCGCCUUAGGGAUAUCAUUCUCUUACAAUCUAAAACUUUGCGAACAGGAAAAUUUUUCACAAAAGAUAUGUAAAAUUCAAAAGCUGUUUAAUAUAUAGUCUCAAAGAGAUCUCUCACUUUAUGGCAAGAUAACAAUCGCCAAAACAUUAGGGCUAUCGAAACUUAUCUUUGUAAGUUCGUGCAUACAUACACCGCCUCAUUAUAUAGAUAUCACUAAUAGAUUGAUUACAGAUUUUGUCUGGAAUAACAAGAAACCAAAGAUAAAAAGGGAUACUCUUAUAGGUCCAAAAGAAAGAGGAGGGCUGGAUUUACCAGAAUUUGAGACUAUAUCCAAGUCGUUACAAAGUGCUUGGGUUCAAAGAAUGAAGAAUGGUGUAGAGGAUCAGUGGAUGUUAAUUCCUUUAUUUUAUUUGAAAAAUGUUGGAGGGCCAUUUAUUUUUGAUUGUGAUUAUGAUGUAAAAUUUCUAGGCCUAAACAACUUACCAAUAUUUUACGCUGAUGUUCUUAACACCUGGGCGGAAGUCCGAGAGCAAACUUCGGACAAUUAAAUCUGUGUUGAGAAUGUAACCUUAUGGAAUAAUAAGCAUAUUUUAAUAGACGGUAAAUCAGUAAAUUGGAAAGAAUGGCAUGAAGCUGGUAUACUUAGAAUUAAAGACCUACUAGAUGAAAAAAAACAGAUUCCUCACACUUAAUAAGUUUCUUUUAAAAACUGGCCUCAAGGCGCCUUUUACUAAGUUAUUUGGUUUAAUAUCAGCUAUACCUUAUAGAUGGAAGUGCGCUUUGAGACCGGGAUUUAUCAUGAACAAUCAAGAUAUGGAACAAAAUACAACUAAGGAAAUUAACGUGGUUACUAGCAAGAAGGUUCGCAAUAUACUUAUUCAAAGGAAAUUUGUAGAACCGUUGGCUAGCCUUCGACUAUGCAGGCAAGGAUUGGACAGUUCCAAACUUAGUUCCAUUUAUAUGCUUCCAUUUAAAAUAACUAAAGAAACAAAAUUAAGCAUAUUUCAAUAUAAGAUUGUUCAUAAUAUUCUUCCACAUGGGGUUCUGUUACACAGAAUGAAAAUCGUAAACUCUCCUCUCUGCAUACAUUGUGGUUCCCUAGAAACGCUCUCCCAUAUGCUAGUUAACUGUAUAGUAAUUCAAAAGUUUUGGUUUGAAGUAAUUAGCUGGUGGAAAACUCACAGUGGUGAAUGUUUGCUAUUUUUAAGUAUAAUGUAUGGCUAUAAUCCCGAAGAUCCUAAAAGGCAAAUCCUUAACUAUUAUAUCCUUCUUGGCAAGAGACAUAUCUUCCUGCAAAGGAGCGAAAUUAAACCCCCAAGCUUUGAUCACUUUCUUGAAUUCGUUAAAGACAAGUUAAUUGUGCAAAGAUCGAUUUUUUAUUCCAAAGGACAAAAAGCAAAACUUCUUUCACAAAUGAAGCCUCUCCUCUCCUUACUGUAAAUGAUUAUAAUCUAAUCUACGUAUGCGUGAAGCAAGCCUGGUUGCAGUGUAUGUUGUAUUAAUCGUUGGAAUCUUAAUUCUUAAUUGUAAUUUUUUUGUAACCUUAAAUUUUGUAGUGAAAGUGUUGUAAGUGAUGUAGUGGUAAUAAAGAUCUCUGUUAAUAAAAAAUAAAUAAAUAAAAAAAAAAUAAUUGGGCGGAUAGGUGCCUUCAAUUCUUUCACAGAAGAGUAGACUGGGCCUUCUGGUCUACGAAUUGCCGAACACUAAGAGCAUAAUUAUGCUGUUGAUGAAGAUGGUGUGACAUUCAAUAAAUUUGCUUAGAGUUCGGAAUCCGUUAUUUUUUGAUAUUGUUCAUCAUGGUUUGUGAGACAUACCCAGGCGAUCUCUCCACCCAGCUGUACAACUGGCUGCAAAAGGCGUAGUACUAGGGGAACACUGCAUGAGGGUGGAUGAAACCAUUCAUUACAAAACCGUAUUUAUUCGAUUAAACACCGCGGUGUUAAUAAUAUUUUUAACUUUUCCGAUGCGGCGUUUAUUUCAGAAUCACAUUUCUUAAAUCAUUGACCACGAUUUCGAUGGGUCAUAUGUAGAUAUUAUGUACCAAGGGAAGUUAUUUUAAAGUUCCUCGCUUCUUUGCUGAGAUAGAAUCGCAGUUGACUGAGUGGCGUAGAUGACCAAGCUGUUACAAGUUUUUUUCUUACAUUCCUCGAAAAAACGCGGCAUUCCACUGAUUGGAUACGGUGUUUUGCCUCCAUCUGCGGCAUUUAAUAGAGGGCGGCGUUUAAUCGAGUACAACUACGGCAUGUAUUUUAAAUUCACUACCGCCCCUCUCUCUAACCAACAGGCGAUCCAUAUGUCAAACUGGACAAGUGCGGAUAUUUUGACCAAGCAAGGCUGGAUCAGCGGUUUGAGGUGGUGGAUGAGGAAAUUGUAAGCAUUUGUAGCAAGUUUGCCAGAAGUAAGUUGCAUGUAUUUUUAACGCAACAAGACCUUACGGGGUCAAGAGCGCGAUUUCUUGAAUUCGCCAAUAACAUGCUUUUUUUCGCGUGAGUCAAUUCGGCGAAAGUUCACUUUUAACAUACUUUGCUUUGCGAGAACGUAAAAGCCGCGCACUUUCGCAGAGUAGCCAAAAUAUUUAGUCGUAAUUCAGUACGAAGGACAAUUUUACAAAGUAAACACAGCGAACUGUCCUUACAAACAAGACCAAUAUUUGUAUUCUUUUCAGAUCUUGCCUUCAAGAAGAAAACGGAACAAUCAAGCACUGAUUACAAUGGUUUCAGUAGCAGAGCUGUCGAUGAAAACUAUUCAAUCUACUACAGUCAAAAGACGUGCACGCAUACUAAGAGAGAAAUGAACCCAUGGUGGAGGGUUGAUCUGGGCAGAGAAUACAUUGUAACAGGUGUGUGCAGUAACUCGGAAGGAUUGCCUGUGCCAUCUUAGAUUGCAAGCUUUCUCUUACUUUUUUUUUUUCAAGUAAACUGUAAAGUUUGCAGAGAGGCACACGUAAGAUGGGAGUAAACAGAGAAUGAUUCCAGCCCUUUCCUGUAAUUUCAACCUUCAUUCAGAGGACACCUCUAUUCAGCGGACACUUGCCUUGGUCCCGAGGGUGUCCCCUGAAUAGAAGUUCCACUGAAUUCCAGAUAGAAGUUCCACCGUAAAAUAUAUAUAUAUAUAUAUUUUGCCUUUUUGUGACUUUAUCCAGAGAAUAUUAAUAUUAAAUCUAACAUUACCAAAAGCUUGGUCAAUGAUUGCCAUCGGCCUUUAAAUACCGACGACCUUUUACAAAACUGAAAGGGAAUAGGCAGAGGCGAGCGGUUAAAGCCAUGUGACGCGUAAAUAUUUUUUACUUGCGUGCUUUUUGUUUCUGACUAAUGAACGGGAGCAGUUGCUGUUAGUCAAGUACCAUCUAGAUGUGUAAUAGUCUGGAAAAAAUCCGCGAAAUGUUGUCCUUCUUGAACAACUAAUUAAAAUAAGCUGAUUGCCAAUGCCGGAACAGAUAUAAUGUGAACAUGCCAAAAACUGGACUAGAUAUCUUGCAAAUUUGAUGGUCUUGGCCAAAAGAAAACAAUGAAACAAACAAAAAAGGACAGAUAAUGGCAGAGACAUUAACCUUAUUUUUCGUGUUUUUCAGACAUAACGUUGCUUAUAAAACACCCGUCUUUCGGUUCUUUAUCAUCAGUCGCAUGCAAUAAAUUGUUUGUUUACUUCAACCCUCUUUUAUUUCCUAUCCAGACGUCAUGAUUGUCAAUCGCAAUGAUUAUUACCAACGGCUUAAAAACUUUGACGUGAGAAUAGGGGUGAACAAGGAUAACUUACAGAACCCCACUUGUCAUGACCGCGUAAGGACUGUGGGCCAGGGACAAGCUCUGAGAGUACAGUGCGCUCCACCAAUCCCAGGACGAUAUGUGUCGGUGCAGAUGUUUGGUGAAGGAAUUUUGACCAUGUGUGAGGUGACAGUAUACUCGCGGGUUGGUGAGUCUUAAAGAAUUAAAAUUAAACGAAAGAAAUUAUCCUUUUUAUUCAAAAUCCUCUUAAAAAGUUAAAUUAUGGCUGGUUUCAAUAAAACUUUCUUAUGACCCUUUUUGUCAAUAAGAGCUUUGGUGCAGGCAAAUUGUAAAUUAUCGAUUUACCUGCAAACGUCUGUCUCUGAUCUCGGAGGGGCAGUGAUCUCCAUCACGAAACCGUAACCGGCUUAGGAAAGGUUAGACCCUGUUUGGGACAAAACAGCUAAUAAAUUAGAACAGCGAGUUCAAAAACAAUCUGAACCUGUGCAGAGUCACUUUACGUAAUACACGAAAGAACACUCCGACAGUUAAAGGAUUUACAUAGCUCCUUGCAGUCAUAGGAAGAUUAAGUUCACGACCAUAUUAUACUGAAGACAAAUUCUUGUUUCAAAAUAGAGCUCAAGACCUUCAAUAGAGAAUAUCACUAAACUGGAAUUAAAAUUCGAUCAUUAGGUGCUUUAGCUGAUCUGUGUCAGCUUUCUAAUGGAGGUUGCGAACAGGUUUGUUAUAACCUGUGUAACUUGGAAGUCAAGUGUGGUUGUUGGCCUGGCUACACUCUAGCUUAUGAUGGAAAAACCUGCAUUGGUAAGUGGAGGCUUUAUAGCAGUUUAGACUUACUUCUUUUUCGUGUUGUCAACUUUAAUUUUUUUAUUAAUUCUACUAUGCUUAACCCAUUCCCCCCUGAACCGCCCAUUACCACUCGGGCGGAUCCCCGCCUCCUCUACGGCUUGUGACGUCAUCAGUUUUAACGGUCAAUGAUAUCUUUGUCCGCUAACUUAAGCAGGGUGAAGGGCUCUUUCCAUCCAUAUCAGAAUGAGGAUGAUUGAGACCGGAGAAAAUGACUAAAAAAAAAAAAAAAAUACAAUACCAUGCAACAUUGACCGGAAAAUUUCCACGAAAAUCUUGCCCAGCCACCUUUCCUCUCAUCUAAUCCUAAUCUAAUCCUUGUUUUUUCUUUACUUAAAUGAGAAAAUGAGUAGUUUCACAUUAUUUUCAUCCAUAGGAAUUGUUUUAAACUGUUUUUAUCUGCUCAUUUUCUAUUUUGUCAAAUUCUCAACUUUUUACUUGAGUCUGUCAUUUUCCGUUUGCCGUAGUGGUGACUCUAAAUCUCUCUAUUGAUCCGACGUUUCGGUCGCGUACCGCAGGUUUUCAUUGGGCCAUAGUGCCGAUGUACAGAGUUGGACUAUUAGUAUUACCUUGGUUCUUUCAUGAUCGUGUCUGGUCAAAUUUUUUCAGCCGGUCGAAAACUCGUCCGAUGCUGUGUGAACGAAGUCUCCCUCGCAGCCGUUUUUUUGAAUGUCGAAUGUUACACUUACGUGACAACGCGUACCACAGGGCGCCCGCGCCCUAGUGGCCAUCCCUUCCAAUACAGUGAAAUCGAAGUUAUCUACCCGUGGGCCUUUGUCUUUCUUUCUUGGUUUUGGAAGAGAUUUGCACAUGGCCAAGACUGUUUCUCAGAGCGAUUUCAAAAUACAAUCCGGAAUCGCUUUUAGCAAGUUUUACUCCGUCUGCAGUUUCUGGUCGGUUAAACAGCAACUCUCCUGGGGAAAUGAGUUUCGGGUUUCAAUUUUAAAAUAAACUCUAUUUUCAUAUCUUUUUUGCAUUAUACCAAUACUUAGGGUCAAAAGGUACAAAACUUUGUAUCUAAUGAGUAUUUCUCACGAUUACUGAAAUUUACAGACUAGAGCAACCGUUAUGAAAAAUGGUAAAAUGGGAUCCUGGUAAAAUUAUAAGAGAUCCCCGAGGAGAGAUCACGGGGGUCGCGCGUGACAGUUCGGCUCAGCGGGCCUGUGAUGUGAUACGCGCUUGACUCGAUUGUAUUUUGAAUCGAGCGAAGAAGUGAAGUGUUUGUCUUCGCUCUGAUACAAGUCCCUUGCAGAAUAACGAAAAAAAAACACGGAAGCUCAGGUAAAUCAUUUUUCUUUCAUUAUACUGGAUGAAUGAGUUAUGAAGUCUCCAUGGCCUCUAGCCUCCACAUGUACUCACUUCAAUUCCAUUACAAACAUCAUCAGUGACGCGAAGUGCAAAAAAUUCUCAAUGGCAGAAAUUCAUGCAUUAUUGAGGUCCGUUUAGUGAUUUACUGUCGACGCUUUUGCUUUUCACCGACACAUGCCCACCGUUCAUUGAGUACAUGUCUCGGGAAGUCAAGAGUUGAGGCCGUGCGGUGAAAUUACAUGUAAAUGGUGGCUGCACUUUGUUAAAAUGCUUUAAAUAUUAGCUAGAUAAAACCGCAUUGUUCCAACAAAUUCUCUUCCGUAGAACUAAGAACAUGUUCUUGGCUUAUUUGUUCAUGUUGUAUUGGUAGACAACUGUUAUACAAACUUGUGCAACGCAGACAAUUAACAAAAUCGAACUUCCCGUUAGCUUUUUGGACAUCUUUUGACAUCUGCUUUGUGUCCUUUGUUCGCAGAUAAGGACGAAUGCCAAUCUAACAAUGGAGGCUGUGAUAUUGCAAAUGGCCUCUGCAUUAACACCCCCGGAAGCUACCACUGCGCAUGUAAGCAAGGAUAUGAACUGAAGGAGAACAGUGAAUUCCUCUGUGAAGGUAAGAGGUACAAAUCCUAUUAAAUGUUAAGGCCCCGGCCCUUGGGCAGAGAAGGCGUUAUUUCUUCGCGUUUUUUCGGCGAGUAAAGACAAGAACGCUCGGGGGAGUUGGGGGGGGGGGGGUAGUCCCUUAUCGACUUUCAUAGGCGUACGGGCAAUUUUUUGCCAGGGGGGGCGGUAAACCAUUUGCCCAAAAAAUUCUUGCAAGUUGCCCAAAUUUUUACAAAACAGUCGAACAGAAACGAGGGCCAUACCAUGCAACAACAUAGGCCGUACUAGCAUAUGAAAAGGGCUCGAUACAGUUUUUCAGGGUCAAUACCUGUGAAGUUUUUUUUUAACAUAGACUACGACACCAUAAACAAACAUUUGGAAAAAUUGCCACCACAGUUGUAUUAAAUAAAGAUGAAAAUUUGUUAUGAUCCGGGUUGCAAUAACAUCGGAGUUGUCAUAGCAACCAAAUGAUGCCAUUACCUAUUAUACUUGCAGCAACAUUUCUCAAUGGGAACUUUUCUUCCAAAAUCGUUCACGGGAGAAUUUUCCUCCAAUAGUCGCCUUGAUGUUUGUGAAGUUAAAACGGAAUCUGUAAGAGCGUUGCGGAGAUAUUUUGGGAUAAAGUUUUUAUCGUUAGAAAUACGGUAAAAAAGGAAAAUCUUGAUGUUUGGCCGUUAUCUGUAGAAAACGAAGCGUUUUUGACAUGCAAUUUCACCUCAUAGUAGUUUCAAUCUUUUCAAAAACGUGGGUAAAAGAUCAUGGAGAUAGCUUUGGCCAAAAAGGAAUUUGAGUAUUUAGUAUGUAUCAUGGCGCUCUUGUUAGCGGUUUUGUAAACAUUUUGGUCCAAUUUAACAAAUUAGUGAAUAAUUUUAAAACCACUCGAUAGAUUUUUGUAAAAAAAAUUACGAUUCUUCGCGUAAUUCAAACUGAGAAUUAGUCAGCCACUUCUCCACUUUCAGACCCAUUGCUGAUGCUAUCUGCCAUACACUGUUCUACGAGCGGAGAUGAUUCUAGAAAGUUAGGCGGAAGUUUAUUCUAAUCAAUCCACGACUGGAAAUUGCCCAUUGCAGUACAGUGCCCAACAAUAAAAAAAAAAAUCAGCACAUAAUACCCUUCCCUUACAACCAGAAACUCAUUACCUGCUAGGCAACCACUGUCUUGUGUGAAUGUAACAGUACUGGAUUAUUACGCCAACUUCAGGUUAAAAUAAAAAAAUUGAUCUCUUCAAAAUAAUGAUUUAAAAAACACGGAAACGUCUUAAAAAACUAGCUUUGCCCAAAUUUUCUCUCGCUGCCCAAAAACUCUGAGUUGCCCAAAAUUUGGGGGGGGGGGGGGGGGCUGCAGCCCCCCUCGCCCCCUCGGCCCGUACGCCUAUGUCGACUUUGGCCGUUUUGGUCUGGAAUCGAGUAUGGUUUUCGAGGGAACUACGGGAGCGUAUGAACGUAUUUAUCGUUUCAAUUCCAAACGAAUAAGAAAUAAAUAGAAAUUUGUGAAUUCGAAAUGGAUUUGAAAAAUUUUAUUGUUUGCGCUCUAAUCUAAGUAAUGAUGAUAAUAAUGGACUUUAGAGGUCUGGUCUGAAAACGGGUGUGGAAAAUGAGAUUUUUUGGUCUGUAAUAGGGUCAGGAUUUGAAGAACCGGGCGGCUCACCCCCAUCGAGAAGUCCCCGAGUACCCCCCGGGCAAGGACGAAGCGGGUGUGGGACAAUAGAAACACGUGGCGGGGAAAGGGGGUCAUUUUUUUCAGUCGCUUGCCUUCGAUCGCCAGAAGAACGCGAAAAGAUAACGCCCAUCAGACCGGUUGGUGGAAACUCCUUGACAUAGGCCCAGUAUGCGAGUUGCCAAAAUUUCUGUCCAUAAAGAAGUAUCUAAAUAAAAAUAACAAAUGCCGUGUUGGAUUAUGAUCUCCUUUAGGGUUCAAAUAAAGCCUAAGCCAUGCUCAAAUUGGUCUCCUCAGAGGGUUUACCUCUCUUAAGUCAAAGCCUCUUGUCUAGUAAACGCCCCUUCCCUGUCUAAUAAACCCCCUCCCACAUAAUUAAAUACCAGGAAAUAGAGUAAAAUCAUUCAAUUUAUUCCGUUUCUUGCUUGAUUAACUAGCAUUUGCGCAUUGUCAAGUUAAAAGUAAGGAUUCCGACCUCGAAGUUAAGAGUAAAAAGGACCAUAAGGAUCUGAAAACGGUGAUAUAUUCGCCGAAAGCAUUUUAGCUUUUUAUUAGUUCGUUGCAGUUAUGGGAAUAAACGCCUCCUAUCUAUUAAACGCCCCCGCUUGGAAUGGACGUCCCGGGCGUCGACUAUUAGAUCAUUUAAGGUGGCUGAACACAGUUUUGGCAGUUUCUGAGUAUAGGUCAUUUGCCAAAUUAUGGCAAGAGAAAGGUUGCAGCUCACAAGCUGAAACUUGGCAAGUGAAAAAUAUAACGAUGAAAGAUUUUGACUGACAGGCAAAAUUUGACGUUUUCGUAGUUUCCAUGGCAACAUGAACGAUUGAAUACAACCUUAAAAUUUCACUUUUACUCAGUUUACAUAAAAUUCGCUCAUUAGAUUUUCCUAUAAACCCGCACACUUGAAACUUAUUUGACCAAAUUUUAACAGAGGGGUUUUCAGAUAAUCAAUAAUAUAAUUGUACUGUUAUUAUUAAAUGUGUCACAAAAUUCGUCUGUUCAACUCCCAUUUUAAAGUUCUCAUUAUUUAAAAGACGAUAAAAGUAAAAAUUCUGCCAAAUAUCACAAAAUUUUAAUGAGCAGAUUUUGAGAAAUCGUCUUCUGUCUUCCACUGCUUUUUUCGCCGCCAUGUUUGUUUGUCUAAUUUAAAACAUGCGCUACCGCUGACCGCCCGCGAAACUGCGUUCAGCCACCUUAAGGGUAAUUACAAUUUUCCGAGGAGCAUCCGCUCCCAUCCCGUCCCGUCUCGUCUUGUGUGACACGAAAUGGUGACGUUAUUGGCAAAAUUCAAACUCUGAGAACUGCCACCACACUGAGUGAAACAUAACUAAUAACUGCUCAAAACGUAAAAAAAGUAUAAAUAACACAGCAAAUACAAAAGGAGUCACGUAUGGAUUAAAAAAAGAAAAAAAAAACGGAUUGCAAUUGAGGUUUUUGAAAAUUUGUUACAAUCCUACACUUACGCACUAAUGCACCCUUACGUUGCUGUCCCCUAUUUUGUUUUGAUUAUUAUUACCUACUACCUUAUUUACCUAAUUUACUUGUUUAUUUUUCCCUUUUUCUCAGAUUUCAACGAAUGCAGCUUGAAUAACGCUGGAUGUGAACACGUGUGUAACAACACUGGUGGAAGUUUCAACUGUGAUUGCAGGGCCGGCUUCAAACUGAAACCGGAUAAGAGAGGAUGUGCAGGUCACAAAAUAUAUUCUCUUCAUUAAUAAACAGCUGCAUGUCGCUAUUUAUUACAGAUGAGAUAAACAUUAGCUAUAAUAGACGAGAUAAACCUUAUUUGUCUUGACCUUUAUACGUUGAUCCAACUAUGAAAAAUUCUUCUUGUAAACUUAGUCCUCAAGCAAACGCCUUUUCUUCUACUUGUUCGUUUAGCGUGAAACAGGGGCAUUGAGAACCUACAGGCUUGUCAACUUAAUCUUUUUCUUUUUCUUUCUCUUGGUUUGUUUUUAAAAAGCUUUGCCUGUAUACGUAUUGUUGUAUUAUUAGCCUGCCUUCUUAGGGCGAAAGGAGAUAUUUCCAAGACGCAGGCACGCCAAGGGAGAAAAGUAGAGGAGGCUUUCUUCCCGUUCGCGUGUUCCCCUCACGCUCCACGAGCGCCCUUUAAGAAAAUAACCCAAAAUAACCGGUGGCUGCUUCCAAACAAAAUUCAUUGACCCUUAGCAACUGCCAAAUGAAUAAAUUGAAUUAUUUGACUUAAGUAACGUCCUUUCGUUUUUAUUUUGCUUUUUAGACUUCGACGAAUGUAAAGCAGAUACAGACGGCUGUGAACACACGUGUACCAACUAUGAAGGCGGAUAUUACUGCUCCUGUAAUGCCGGAUAUCGACUCAUGGAUGAUGACAAAGGGUGUGAAGGUAAGGAGUGCAACAUUUAAGGGAAAAGUGUAAACAACGAAUCUCAAGUCAGGGCUCAAAAUAAUUUUUCGACUGUUGCCAGCCAUGCUAACCGGUCAUAGAAAUUUCAGCUUGGUCAAAUCUCUCUGUUUUGAGCGGUCAUGUCAAAAAAAUAGAAAAAUAAUAAAAUAAUUAUUUAAACCCGGAGCUUUAAUACAAUAGCUUGAUAAGCAAAAAUAUAUAAUUUUUCCCCCAAAAAAGGUAUAAUUGAAACUUAGAACUUAGAAUAAAUACAUUCCAAUCCAUUUACAGUAUAGGUGCCCGGUCAAAAUGACCAGCAAACCGAAGGUCUGUAUGUCAUCUUGGCCAGACAGACUAAAAAUAAACUGCUCAUCCAAGCCUCCCCUAACCCAACGUUAACACGAUCUGCUCACUUUGGGCCAGGUGUUGGUUUAGGGGAGGGGUAGGCGAACAGCGUUCAUUUAGAAACCCAGGUGUAUUGAUGAAAUCAGAGAUCGAGUUAUAUCCUGCGGACGUCGUUUUUGUCGCGCGUUUUUCAUCAAAUCGUCGCACAUGAAUGAUUGCGAGCGAGGGUAAGUGCUACCAGCAAGUUCGAGCAAUCACAAAAACGGCGGCAACGGGAAAAUAAGAGAGAGGAACUGGUUGAAUAAGCAAAAAAAAAAAAAAUUAAAAUAAAAACUUUGGUGCAACGUGCAGCACACUUUUGGACAUGCAUAUUUCUUUUACAUUAUCGCACGCCAAACUUUGACCGUCGCUUUGAUUUCUAAGAUGGUCGUUUCAUCAAUAGCGAUCGCCGCGACUUCGAUUUCGUCGAAGAUACCCAUUUUAAGAAGUCUUAUAAAUUAUACUGGGUUUGAGAAACACUAAUCGUUCCGCGAACAGUUGACUUGGGCUCUCAUCACUGAAGUGAAAGCGUUUGCUGUUUAUGACAACCAAAACCAGAAACUGCCCGAAGCGUUUUUACGCUAAGAUUAAAGGACGUUAUUGAUGCGAAAUACUCCUGUCUUGCAGAGAUAUAUUGCCCAGCCCUGGAAGCGCCAUUCCGCGGUCUCAUUGCGCCGACAACCUGUACAGACAAGAGAUCCAAUAUCCGGCGUAGCACUGUGUGCUCGUAUGGCUGUGAUUCAGGACAUAAUCUCGUGGGAGGAAGCCAGUCUUUGGUUUGUCAGUUAAAUGGACUGUGGCAAGGAACUGUCCCUUACUGCAAACGUAGGUUUUUCAUUGCAUAUGAGUUAAAUAAUUAAGCUUUAGAAUAACAGACCUUUUUUAUUUUGUAUGUUUCCCAAACCGGACCACGUGAUGUUCUCAAGGGUUUAUUUUGGGAAAAGUGGACGAAGAAGACGUUUGAAAGAAAAAGUUUUUUUGGCGUAACAUCGCUUGGUUUGAAAUGGGAAAACAGAAAAUGUAGGCUAAAAGGUUUAUAGUAGUAAAAUGUCAGUGAUUAUCGAGCUGUUGAAAAAAUCUAACCCAUAUCAUUUCUUAGCCUGUUUUCUGGCAUCUACUUCAUAAAUUGGCAGUUUAAGAUUGUCAUUUCAUGCAACCAUUCUCCGGCUUUGUUCAAGAGAAUUUUCUUCUGCGCUAUUACACGGGUAUUUGGGGUGAAGGUAGUUAACGAUAAUGUAUAAAAAUACAGAUAUUCCUCUCAAAUUUCUUUGAAACAAAGAAAACGCUUGCAGAAAAGUCUCACGUACAUGUAAUCUUGGGUUCCUUUAUGAAGCUAGCUAGGCCCAGAAGGCUCCGGUUAAGCAGUCAGGUCGCUGGAAUUUUUUUUCAUAGUUUCUAUUAUUCAACCAAUAAGCAAAUCUUACAGUUCUUUUAUAGCUUGAGGAGUUCUGAUCAAGUAUAGUUACAUUGGGUGCCAAGUAAUAAGCUCCGAAGUGAUGAAGGUCGCUAGACUUGAGAUAGCCAGCGGCAAUGCCGAGGCAGUACGUUUCCAAACUUGACAUGGAACUCUUUGUAUCUGACUUUCCUUUUAUUUUUCUUCUUUUUUUUCUAAUUAACUGAGGCACAGAGAGAGAUUAUGAACCCAGCUGUGAUGAAAACCUGUACGUAAAUUUGAAAGAAACGAUAAGUUAGUUGACUAUAAUUAUCAUGUACUUUGGAAGGCGUCAAAGAGAACGAUAGCCAUUAAUUCAUUCAUUUUAAAGUUACUAUUAUAAUAAGUUGUUCAUCAAUUUACUAUUUUAUUUGUUUCUUCGUUUAUGAACCUGACAAUUAUUAUUGCCUCUCAGCGGUUGUUUGCCCAAAAUUGACUGUGCCUGAUAAAGGCGGAGUGGUUCCAGCGUCUUGCGCCAAAACAGACGUCGAGUACGGCACACGGUGCGUCUUCUACUGCGGUGAUGGAUAUGAAUUGAGUGGCCCCAGAUACACCACGUGCCAAAAUGAUACAAGCUGGAGUGAGAUUGCAACUCUUUCUUGUGUGAGAGGUUGGUUCGAAUAGAUUUUUAGAUGAGUUUUUACUACAUAUUCGUGUGUACUAGGUUAAAUAAGUAUGUGGCAACCAGUCUGUGAAUUUUUACUUUUCGGUCCUGAGACUUAUGAAAUUUGUAUCACCCUCACAAACUUGCAGAUUAUUGUGAAGUUUAAUGACGGCGCGAUCCUUGUGCAUUUUUAGGGGGAAGGUUUUAGCAUAGCGCACGAGUGUUUUUCAAAAAUAGAAAAAAAAAUUGAUCCAGCCAAUCAAAACCGGUAGACCUUGUGUGAUUUCCCAAGCGGUAAUGCUAGAACCAAGGCUUGAUACUUAGUUAAGGUGGCUCGACCCAGUAUUUUUGUAGCGGUACUUUCCAUCUUUGAAUCUCAUAUUCUUAAAUUGAUCUUUCCUGUAAAACCCAUUAUAACACAUGUAUUACACAUAGACUAAACUUGAUUGUGGUAUUAUUUUUUGGGCGACCGGAAUUAAUAUCAUCCAUGACGUCACAAUAGUUUUAGCUCUAAAAUUAAUCGAAUUUCUGCACUUAUAAGCUUAACGUUACCUAUACUUUGAGUGCUUGUCGUCUGUUGUGCGUAGUUUCGCAAAAAUCUAUGAGAGGAAUUUCGAGAUAUCUUGGAAUUUCUACAAAAAUUUUUACCAUUAUUUUUGGGAUUCAAUUGAUGCAAAAGAGUUUUGGCUUUUUGGAUAGAUAGCGAAUAGAGUGACUAAGCACCUUUAAAAAUACAUCAUAUAAUGCGCAAUUUAUUGAAAAUAUUUGAGACGAUUUUCGUCUUAUUUCCUUAACAGUAUACACGGACCCAUGGAUCUCAUGUCCAAUCGACAGAGUAGAAGAACUUGAACCAGACGAGUCAACAGUCGUGCUAGGCUUCAAGUGGCAGCUUCCAAGAACCAACAUGAAGAACGUGACCGUGUCUCCUAGCAACUACGAUGAGAAUUAUGCUUUCCCUGUUGGCAAACACCGUGUCACGUGGAUAGGAACUAGUGACCGUGGAACACAGAAGAGCUGCAGCUUCUAUAUCACUGUCAAUGGUAACAAAAGUGUCCGUCCUAGUCAUGAUUCAAAGCUAUAUGCGGUUGUAGUGUCAAAGCAUUUGUCCUUUAAAACAUCCUGGACUUCUCAGAAAAUCACCUCUGUGUGUAGUUUCCUGCUCAAAAAUCUAUCAAACUUUACUUUGAACUGCUAUAAUUCCAUUUUGUUCAUUCCCUUGCCUUAAGGAUCCGUUUUGAACAUAUUUUGGAUGAAAUAAAGCGUGUCAUCCUCUAAACUUGUCUCCUUCGCAACCGUUCCUUGUGUCGUUGCUUGACGACAUAAUAAACGGCUGCAUAGGAGACUACCUCUUAGCUAAUCCCUCCACUCCUUGAAUCAGUCAUAAGAAUAUAUAAUUUUUGAGUUUUUUUAAACAAAAGCCAAUGAUGUGACAGCCAGUAAUGCGCCUGCUACCUUUUUUCUCUGUAUAUAGGAUUGUAUGAAGUGAAACUUGUGAUUUUCCUUAAACUUUCACGGAAAUAGAAAAGUACGAGGUAGGAGAGAGACCUCUACCGGCCCUCGACACGUUCCUUCAUGCAGCCGCCGAGCUCAUUCGAUCUCAUUCCUGGUCAAAACCCGUUUCGUUUAUUGUGAAAUACGCAUACCCUGUUGAAACCGCACGCUGAACAAUUUCUGAUUCCAAAAUUGCUGUCGCGGUUCUGUAAAUUGUGCAGGGCGUGACUAAAACGUUACUGUUUGUUAAGGAAACGUCGGUGAUAGAAAACGCAUCGGGGUGCGGCAGAGGUCUUUCCCUUUCCUACCAUUUUUCUCUCGCCAUGAAAGACCUGUGCUAGCACUGGAAAUUGAUACUUUCGGUGAUAAAAUAAUUGACAAGACGGACGAAUUGUAUGCCUGUUUCAUUUCAGAUGUGACACCGCCUUCCACUCAGAACUGUCCUGCGUCAUUCUCAGAUCAGUCGAACUCUCUUCAGAAACAAGUCACGUGGACGCCACCCACCUUCACUGACAAUGUAGGUGUGGCCAGUGUACUUUCCAAUCGCCAGCCAGGAUUCUUGAUGGAUACUUACACGUCAAUAGCAAUCCAAUAUACUGCCACUGACGCAGCAGGAAAUAUUGCUUACUGCAGGUUUAACAUCACUCUCGAAGGUACGUGUUCUCGUGAAGGAUGGUCUCCGUUUAUUAUUCAGUCGGAACCUUUCGUUAAUCGUUGUUCUGCUGUUCGCUGUUUAAUGGUACGUUCGGUUACAAGUAAAUUUUUACCAGUAUACAGCACAUCGCACAUAGUAUACAGAUCGCACAUAACUUUGUCUUCGAAAUCUUAAGUCGCAUUCACAUUAGAAGCGUUUUUGACGGUCUUGUCAAAUUUCGUCCUCGUAGUUGUUCUCUAUAAGAAAACAGCUAACAUUUCACGACACCACAAAUUGUUUCCGCACGAAGUGAUGUCUGAGAAACGAGCGCAGAAAUUCCAUACUGAUGACGCGUUACUACCAAGAUCUGUGCAGUGCUCCGGCUGAAAACCUUUCUUCAACCAAUCAGAAGCACUACCCAGAUCUGCUCCCGCUUCCCAGACGUCAUUUCGCGAGGAAACCAGAGGCGGAGUCAUGAAAAGUCGGCUGUUUUCUUACACACUUUAUUUACACACUUUAUUAUUAUUAACAAUCUACAUUUACAUAAAGUCCAUUUCCGCCCGCAAAUAGCAGGUGCUAGUCGAGGCGGGCAGAGAUAAUAGGUACAGCAGUCAGUAAUAAAUUACAAAUAAAUAGAUAAAUAAAUAAAAAAUAAAUAAAUAACUAGAUAUAUAUAAAUAAGUGAGAUAAAGCUUAAACAUAAAUUAAUAACAUCUACUAAAUCAAGUACUUGAAACUCGUAAAAUUAACUGCGACACUAAAUUAAGAUAUGUAUACUUUAUAAAUUAAACUCUGUAUUUGCUCGAUAGUUCGCUAUUUUUUGAAGCAGAAUGGGCGAUUCAACAUAAUCGUCAUCUGCCUCUAAUAACGAAAAUAACAUGUCAUUGAUAUGUUUUAUGAUAUGUUUUAUCAAGAGAGGAUGAAAGGGACAGAGAAGGCAUUCCCGAUACACACCCUAUUCCAUAGGUAAUUCGUCUCGAGUUAUUUUUAGAAUCGGGAUAAAGUUUCCUCGCGCGCUGCGUGGAUGUUUGGUGGAGGUUUCGCAUGACUAAACGCCGUGGAAAACAUGUCGGGCGAAAGGCAAAGAAAGCGUAAAGAGAUCGAGAGCAUUCCUGAAUAUUGACGCGAAAUGAGUCGGCGCUCACCUGGGAAAUGGGAAUCACUAGACUCUUUGACAACCCGUGAAAUCAGUUUAACUCGAAGUUGUCGUAACCUCAGUACUUUAAUAACAUGAGAAAUUUCGCCGGUCUUUUGAAACCGGUCGUUUGUACAAUAAAGCAAAUAGGACGCCAAGUGUUAUUUUUGUUGAAUAAUAAAAUACUAAUAAAAGAAUAAAUAUCAAACCAGAAAUUGCUCUCUUCAAACUGUAAAUUGUAAAUGAUCCUGAGAGAAUAUUCAGUGUGUUAAGGAUUUCCCUGCUGUACUGUUAGCUCUAUACAAGAGAGAAAGGGCGAUUCUUUUUUAAUUUCCGUUUCGCUGACACAGCUUUAGCAGAAAUCUCUCUGUAGUCUUUUCGUCGACAAUUCGUGAAGGACGCGUGGCUCUGAGUGUGGGUCAUCCACGCGGAACUCAUUCGCGCUAUGUGGUUGGCUGUUGUCUAAUCCCCCUUGGGAUCUGUGGUCUUAAAAAUAACUUGAAACGAAUUACCUGUGGAAUAGGGUGUGUAUGGGGGGAUGCCUUCUCUGUCCCCUUUAUCCUCUCAUUGUCAUUGAUAUGUAUGUUUCUCAGGCUGCGUAGUUGUCCUCGUCCAAAGUCGAGUCCAUAAGUGUCUAUUGUUGUUAUAGGUUCAACUUGUAUAAAGAUCGCUCAUCCCAAGAAUGGCAAUGCCAUGCAGCUUGGCUUAUUUCUUCAGCUGACGUGCAAGAGUGGCUUCUUUUUUAACCCCUCACCGCCUGGAUUACCGGGAAUAUUUCAAAACCCUUUCUACAGAUGCAUCAACAACCAGUGGGUCUCUCAGAAUGAUUUCAAGUCCGUUUUAAGAAAAGCACCGGAUUGCAUGGGUAAGAGUAGAUCAGUAUACCUUACAAAGGCUUAAUAAGAACAGAAAUUUGGAAGUUGACUAUUUUAAACUACUGUUAAAAAUUUGAUUUCCGAUAGUACUGUGCACGGUACUUUAUUAUUUAUGAAAGUCUAUAUGGACGCAAGUAAUUCUUUUCCCUUCCUUUUACUCUGGGAUGCAGAUUCUGCUGUUAUCGUGAUCAGCUGUCAAGUGACAAAAAGAUUUAUUAUUGUGAAAUUAUAUCUUACCGAAUUUUUGAGUAGAAAGGCGUCAAAAGGCAGGUUUCUGAAGCCCGAGAAGGUCCAAAAUCACAGUAACGAAGGAAAAGGAAAGGAGAAAGAGAAAGAGUGAGGAGAAGGAAAAGAGGAGAAGAGAAAAAAGCAAUGGUUGCACUUUUAGUUUUCAUAAUGGCUACUAAUGGCUACCUCAAAAAUCUUUGUCCAUGUACGUUAAACGCCAUAGGAAGCUCAAACAUUGAAACCUGUAAUAAGCUCCUAAAUGUUGUCUUUAAAGUUUUGUGCUUUCCUCAGAGUACUUGCUGCACGACGGAACAGAGUGUCGUGGAGGCUCCGUACUUGUGGACACCAUCUGUUGUAAGUAUAACAUGAAUUUUUGCAAUGUAAACACCAUUUGGACGGAUUUCGUCCUUUUUCCUGACAUUUUUUACAAUUUUCGAGGGACAAUUUAAAGAAUUUUCAGGGUUAGUUUGGGAUUAAAGCCCUAUACAUAUUCUCUUACACGUUAAAAAAAAACUGUAAGAAGAAAUGUAUCUGAACUGUUGCAGGAUCCAGGAUCUUUUACCCCAUAGUGGAGCUUUCUGCAAAAUUAAGCCCUAAAUUUUGGAAUUUCGACGAAUUGUUGUGUUUUCCGCGACAUUUAAGUCAACGACUUUGAAGGGCUUCCACCCACCGUAAAACGAAAAUUCAGCGAAAUGUGUUGUUAGUUUAACAUAUGCGUGUUGAUAAUAAUUUAUUUUGAAGACAACUACGUUAUGUCCAUGAAAUUGAUUAGCUGCGCCUUUGAAGUAAACGUUUCUGAAUGUUUUUGUCGACAGUAAACUGUUAUCCAGGAAGUUACAGCGCCAACAAUCGUUCAUGUAAGCUUUGUAGCCCCGGAUUUUAUCAGGACGAACAAGGAAAAGAGGAAUGCCAGCCAUGUCCUGUCAACACUUCAUCAGUCGUCACAGGAUCCAUAACAAUGGCAGACUGCGAACGUAAGAUUUGUUACGGACACACCAUUCCACAGUUAGACUUCGAUAGAAAUAUCCGGGUAUUUUGUGAGACAUUAGAAGUUUGUGGGAUAUUAAGAAAAUCGUGGAAUACUUCGUAAAAAUAUAUGAUUUUUGAGAACAUAGUUCGGGGUAUCUGGUGUUUUCCUGUCAUUUAUCCGAGUAGGGACUAUAACCUAUUGACAGCUAGGAAUAGAACUAAUACACAACCACAAAGGAUGUCAGAUCCAGAAUGGAGGAUACUGAUCAUGCCAUCAUCAUCGUCAUCACAAUCAUCAUCAUCAUCAUCAUCAUCCUUAUCCCUCUGCAGCUGCUACUGUAGCCUUUGGAAUACAGAGAGAAAACGAAGAAACUAAAUUUUGCGUAUGUCUUGAAAAUAAACGAUGUAUUUUAAACGUCAAAAUGACAUGAGAUGUAUGGGGUUCUUUUGGGGAAUUUCGCUAUUGCCUUAAAACAAAAUGCAAAAUAAUACUGUGGUAGCCGUUACACUUUUGUUGGCGUCACGUGUAUCUGAGAAAGUGACCACAAUGAAGUGUAUGCAGCACAUAUGUGCACUCCGCGGAAUUUUUUUGUUAGUUGCUAUCAAAAAUGGCGAAAUGGAGAAACGCUUGAGCUUACUUCAUUAUCGUUUGCUGUUUGUGUUUUAGCUCUUUGUAUGGCUGGGCAUUAUUCUACUAACGGUGGUGUGGAGCCUUGCGUACCGUGCCCCAUGGGAACGUACCAGGAAAGGGUACAGCAAACCCAGUGCAGCGCAUGCCCAGCAGGUACACGAACAGCAGGCACCGGAAGUACGUCACAGAAAGACUGUUUGUGUAAGUAUUAUGCCCGCGAGAUUGUCCGAUUACAAGCGAACAAUAUGGUUCCCUAUAGAAAUUUAAAGUUUUUUCUUUGUUCCCCCAAAAUAAGUUACCAAGUUUCCCGAAAUGUUUAUCGUGAAUUGCACCCUUAACGGGUAUAAUUACUGUUGUGUCCUAUACAUCCAUGGACUGAGCUUGAAUUCCUUUCAUAUUGCGUUGCCGUUUUUACAUAAAUGGUGAGGGUUGCUAGACAAAAAAAUAAUAUUAACAAUGGCGUUCGAGACCCACGUAGGAAUUCUCCUUGAUAAACACGCGUUCCAAACUGGUCACCAUUUUUUCUGCCAAGAACAAAAUAUGUGAUUACCCGAGAAAUGAUUUUUUUUCUUUUAAACAUAGAAAAUUUUCGAAAGUUAGGAAAUCAAUGCCACGAGAGUGAAAACGCUUUAGUAGCAACAUUCAGUGAUUGAUUUUACUUUUCCACUUACAUAUUGCUUGUCUUAUACUCGUUGCACGCUUUCCCUUUUUGAUAGUUGAUUUGUUUCUUGUGUAAUUGUCAGGCAUAGGCUAUUGUGUGAUGUUUCUUACACUUCUUACUAAAUUACUCCCUAUCAAUUAGCUCCUGUUCGCAUUACGGCAAUCAUUCCGUCUUCGGAAUACACAGUAUACGAAAACUAUACCAUAACACUUACGUGCUACAUCGAAGGCGAUCCCACACCGAGUGUAGAGUGGAGAAAAGUUGGAGGUAAGACUUCUAACUUUCUUAAGUCAUUUUAAUGCUUGUAAAUUCUCGCUCCUCUCUCCCGGCCUCUCGGAUCCGGUCGGGAUACUUCGGAUAGUAUAAUAUAUAGAUUUAGACAGAGCUAAAGCGAAGCUUCGGUUUAUGGAGCAUUUUCACAUGACGUCAUGACGGCCAUAUUGGUGUUCCAAAACAAUAAAACGGCGGCCAUGUUGAUAUAGCUCUUCCUUGGGAUACCUCUAUUAAAGGGACACCUCUAUUCCGGCGACACAAGAUUUGGUCCUAGAGAAAUGUUCACAUAAUCUUUGUAUUUAUUACCUUUAUUGAAGGGACACCUCUAUUCAGGGGAAAAGGAUACUUUUUCUGGGUCCCGAAACCUGGGUUUAACCUCCAUUCAGGGGACACCUAAGUAAUCAAAAGUACGUCAAAAGUAACUGACCAAAAAAUCGUCGAUAAAAUUGUGUUCACUAGUGACAAUGGCUACGGCUUUCAAAACGUGAAUUAACUCACCUCAAUCAAUGUACUGCAGUUGUGGGAAUUCAACACAUAACAUCGCAGAGAAGUUAGUCAUUAUUUGUUAUACACUAUCUAGUUGCUUGAAAUAAUUACUGCAGCAGAUUCCAUAGUCUGCAAGAGCAGACGCCGUUUUCGGCUCUAAUCAUAGCUCAGUUGGUAGAGCAUCGCACCGGUAUCGCGAGGUCACGGGUUCAAACCCCGUUGAAGUCCUGAAUUUUUUUCAGGCUUUUUUAAGCAAUUGCAUAAAUUGCGUUCACUGCGAAGAUCAUUUCUUCAUUUUCAAUAAUACUUACGUCAUAACCAAAUCUUCUCGCAUCGAUAUCUCAUAGCCAUAGGCGCGCUCGCGGAGGCUCCGCUAUUACGUAUAGAACAUUUAAACCAAGGAAAAGAGUGGACAAUAACAUCUACGCUCAUGCAAUUAACGAAAAUGUUAUCUCCUUCCAGGGUCACUUCCUUCUGCAGAUCGUCUUACCAUAAACAAAAUUUAUGAUCUGGACCAGAGGCUUUCUGGUGUGGAAUACGUGAUCGAUAGAGCGGUCCUCGAUGAUGCUGGCACUUACGAGUGCUCUGCAGUAAGUCAAUACGGCUCGGCUAAAAAUCAGGUCAAGAUAAAUGUCAUGUCUGGACUUCCGCCUGGCACAGUGCCUUGAUAGGUAAGAGACUGGUGUACUUUUGAGAGGAAAUAGUUACUUGCUUAGGUAGCGGUUCAGUUAAACCUUUUUUCUUAGUUACAAUUUCAUUGCAAUCCAACGAAACGGGAAGCAACGCCUGUUAGGAGAACAUGUAGAUACAUUCAUUUGUCGGUAUUUGAUGAGAAAUGUGCUUGCAAAUGAAUUUAUAGCGUCUACAUGAAGGGACCAAGAGCUGUGGUGGUUAGAGUGAAAGUGAGUUUUACUCAUAAAUUUGCGAAAUUCUAUCUGACAACAGUGUUGACCUCGAAAAGCUACCUUUUUUGCAUCCCUAAUUAUUUCAUAUAAUAUUCCCAUUAAAUUACGUUAUGAGAAAUUGAUUUAGGUGAAAUAAAUGAUAGUUUUGAGCUUUAAAAGCGUUUGCAACACGAUUAACUUAAGCAAAAAAAGGUUUUCUUAGGUUGGCAUAGUGUUUGCUCGUCAAUCAUAAAAGUGAAGUACUCUAUUAGCCGCAUUCUGCAUAAGUGCAUUGUUGGCUAUUAUCAUUCGAAGCAAAUUUUUCUUCCUAUUCAUUGGCCGAGGGCCCACCACGUGACUCGCAAAUAACUGACUACAAAUAAUGGUCCGCUAAUGCGCAAUGUCGUCCAACUACGUUGGCUUCAAAUAAUAUUCUGCUCAUGCGUGAAUGAAAGCUUUUCUCCUUCUUGCGAUCGCAAUGACAGAUCGCUAUGUUUCCCAAAGAUAUCCUUUAAAAAACAAACUCGAUGAUCGAAUGAUAAAACAAUCAUUGAACUCGAAUAUCGCAAAAUAUCGUGAUUUGUCGGAUUCUCGUUGAUCAAUUAUUUGCCUCAAUUAUUUAAUCUGCUCACCAUUGGUAUGAUAUUUUUCUCAACCUCUUCCAAAUAAUUAUUUAUUGUUGUCAUAAUAUCAUGGUUGAGUUUAAUCAUAGUAAAGUGUAGUGGUUAUGAAGGCCAACAGAUUUCUUUGGUUUAUUUUUUGUAGUUUUGAUUUUGACCUAGUGUACAACGUUUAUUUAUAACAUUCCUAUCAUUUUGAACUAACUGUCCAAUAGAUUAGGAACGUCCCAUUUAUUGACCUGGUCACAAAUAGAUGGCAAAAGAUUGUCCACCGUCAGGAAGCUCCUAACAUAAACUGCAGCACUAUUGUUUUCAUUUUUGCAGGCUUUCAAGCUUUAAAUAAAUAAAUAAAUAAAUAAAUAAAUAACCUGAUACAACUGGAAAGGAAAAUUAAUUAGUGAUAAUUUUAAGUUUUAAAUGCCUGAAAUUAUUCAUUAAUGAGCUUGUUGAAUGGUUAUUGGUAUUUGGGUUUUUUAAACCCUUCAAUCGAAUUAGAUUAAAAAGUCCCUAAAUUGAAAGAAGCCUUUUAUCAAGUUAUUGUACUUUUCCUUUUUCAUUUACAGAUAACCAGAAGCCUUAAUUCUUAAUUGAACCAAUAACUCACAGAACAAGUCAAGUAAUUUAAGAAGUGAGAGGAAUGUAAUGAGUUACGAGAUACAAUUUUAUUGUGACUAUUAUAGAGACUAAUAAAUUUUUGUGUCUAAACAAUAAAGGGCUCACUUAAUUUUCUCACUGCAGCUCAACCAGUCUUCUCGCCGGCAGGUCAUAUGGCAGUUUUCCUUGACAUUUCUUCUUAACCCAUUUUGGCGUCUCUGCCCCAGUUCAGACGUCGAACGUUUCAUGUGCCGAACCUAAUGCAUAAACUACUGUAAUUUAUUUUCACUGGUAGACAUUGUAGACCAUGGUUCUUCGUAGAAAUGAAUUGAGUUCAACGAAUGAAGUUCGAAGUCUGAAUCAGCCGUGGAACUUGCAUCGGUUGGGUCGACCAAAAUAGGUAUUAAGUUCGGUUCGGUUGGACGUUUGAACUGGGACUUACUUAACACGCAACAGGUUAGACACUCAAACCGGGAUUCUUGGAAUUAGAUUGUCCAAUCACAACGUUUUCUAAAAACAAAAGAUUCUCAAGUUUUUUUGCAAACGGACCAAUAAAAUUCAACUAUGCAACCGUUUAAAAUUUGAAAACCGUUCAAACUGACCUGACUCUUCAGGAAACAGUCCUUAAAUUUAUGAUUGUUGUUGGUCCGUUUGCAAAAAAGUUGAGUCUUUUUUCUCUGAAAAAGUUGUGAUUGGGCAAUCUUUCUCCAAGUUUACCUGUUUGAGUGUCCGCACUGUAACGAAGUUCGCUAGCAAGCCUCCUAUCAUCAUCAUCGUCGUCGUCAUCGUCAUCAUCAUCAUCACUCGGGUUUGUAGUCACCCUCUUGAAAGAGGAACCCCUGCCUGAAUCGACCCCACAAGUGUCUGUGCUUGGCUAAUCUUGAUCAUACGGGUCCGAUCUGUCUGGUGAGAUCGUCUCUCCAUCUUUUUUUUAUCUGUUGCUCAGAUAGCCGGGCAAUUUGACCUGCCCAUCUAUGCUUUGCUUUCCUGAUAGCCUUGAUGAUGUUGCUUACGCCAGUUUCUUGACGGAUCCAGGUGUUUCGCUUUCGAUCUGGAAGGGUAAUGCCUAGCAUUAUGCGUUCCAUCUUACGCUGUGCGACUGCAAGCGUAUCCAUCAUAGCGUUGUUAAGCGCCCUUGUCUCGCAACCAUAUGUCAUUACUGGUAAAAUGCACUCGUCGUGUAUCUUCCUCUUUAUCUCCAUGCUUGCUUUGCGGCUUCUCAUGAUGUUAUCCACUUUACCAAAGGCUGCUCAACCAAGUGCGAUCCUCUUCCUAAUGUCAGGAAGCAGGUCAUCAUCUUCCGUCACCGUCUUUCCUAGCUAGGUAUACGUAACUAUCAAACUCCUUGAUGGUUUCUCCAUUGACAGUAAUUGUGCACUUUUUGACGUGCUCAUUGAACAUUACCUUGGUCUUGCCAAGAUGCAUUUUAAGGCCAGAUGGUUUGCUUGUAUUAUGAAUGUCAGUGAGCAUACUGGUAAGCUCCUCUGGUGACUUGGCAAACAAGAUGAUAUCAUCAGCGAAAAUUAGAUGGGAGAGGUAUUCAACGUCGAUGUUUAGGCCUCUACCUUUCCAGUCGAUCCUCUUUAUUAUAGCAUCUUGGAGACAUGCUGUGAAAAGUUUAUUGUCACCAUGUCUUGAAACCCCUUCUCCAGCUUGAUUUUGUCACUGUCCCUGUGGAGGUUCGGAACAGAGGUGGCACCAUUGUAUAAGUCAGGUAAGAUAGUAAUGUAAGCCUGAUCAACUCCUUGAUUCUCUAAUGCCUUGAAGACUGCUGUGAACUCGGUGGAAUCAAAGGCCUUCUUGUGAUUUACGGAAGCAAAAUAGAGUGGGAUCUUGUACUCUUUUACCUUCUCCAGUAGCUGGUUAACGACUUGAAUGUGAUCAUGCCAAUAGUAGAAAAUCCUGCUCUGAAGCCUGCCUGCUCUCUUGGUUAAUGUAGUUCCAAGGUGCUUAGCGUUCUUCGAAGUAGGAUUUGUGAAAACACUUUGUACGUUGCUGGUAAGAGGCUGAUCGGCCUAAAAUUCUUGAUAUCAGCUGUCUUCUUUUUUGUGGAGGAUGAAUGCCGAUGCAUCCUUCCAGCUGCUGGGAACUUGACAUCUACAAUGCAUCUGCUGAACAGCUUCGUGAACAUCUUGGCAAUAGACCCCCCCCCUUAUCCUACAGAAUGGCAGCGGUAAUAUUGUCCUCCUCAGGAGCCUUAUCACACUUUAGACGCUUAACUGCGUCUCUCACUUCGGAAGGUAGGUAGGUUUGUUCCACUAGUGUCAAGGUCGUCUGUCUGUUUUCUAGUUGUAGGGCCUCAAACUUUGCUAUUAGUGAUGAGGUUAUCUAUGUCCUUAUAAUGUACCGCGUACCAUGCGGUGAUCAUCGCCCGUGUUGAACCUGUUAAUAACAGAUACAUCUGUAAAAACAUGAGGUUUGUCCGUGAGGAUGUAGUCGAUCUCGUU